GCUGUUGGUGAAGGCUGGUCUACAGUGAGGCAUAUUUGGGCUCUGCCACCGCUUUGAGAGAGACAACCAGAGAGAGAGGGAGAGUGGGGAGGAGAGGAGGGAGCGAAAGAGAGAGAGAGAGAGUGUGUGAGAGAGAGAAACAGCGGCGGCAGCUCCCAGCUCCCCAGCAAGGACUAAACUUCAGGCGACAGAUUUGGUGAGACAGGGGGAGACCUGGAUAGAAAGAAAAAGCAAAGUGAGUCAAAGCUAUAUUUUUGAUCAAAGGGUGGAAUUACAAAAUUAAAUAGAAAUGAUGUGAUGAGGACCAGCUGAUCAAAAUUCAGGGUGUAAUCCCUCUGUGAUGUAAAGUCAAUCAUUAUUUAAGACCAAACAGAUGCCGAGACGCUGCGUAAAAACAACAAACUGACAGACAAAAGAAAAGUGGAGGCAAAGACCCCCGCCUCCAUGUGCUCCCUCCUUGUAGGUGUGACAGAAACAACAAAGAGACGUGUGGAAAAAACUCGCAUCAGGACCACAAGGCGGACUCCAAGCCCAGACAGAUCGCAGAGCACAAUAGCUGCAAAACAAGAGCGUGUCUGCAGGUUUUUUUUCUUGCAAUAUGCAGCAGUCUUCAUGUAAUUACAUUCCUCCCGGCGUCUCUCGGCUACAACAGUCGAGAGUGUUUUUCUCAUGUCACUUGUCUGGCAGAUCUUCACCAAAAACACGCGCGUGUAGAAAACCCAAACCGAUCAUUUUGAGACGGAGCAUGUUGAGAUAAAUGUGAGUUAUGAUUAGAUGCUGUCAUCCGCGCACCGGAGGAAUGCUCUGAAGUGAUCGCAUGUGUUUGUGCCUUGCAGUUUAAUGGGGGGAGAAGCAGGAGACGAGCACGGCUGCCCAGAAUAAACUGAAGAGAGAAAAAAGCAGCGGAGAGAAAGAGACACAGAGAGAGAGAGAGAGCGAGAGAGUGAGAGAGAGGGAGGUGUGAACUGAAAGCGGACGUCGAGUCGAGAUAGAGAGCUGAUUCCAGUGGUGACUGUCUUUAAAGGUAGGAGGAUGUUUAUUUUAUUACUCUUAUUCUGAUGUUUUAAUUCUGAUGUGAACUGUAUUCUUGCAAAUGCACGCGCUUACACAGCAGAUAACAUGUGGAUAGGCAGGCGAAGGGGGUUGCAUAACGGUUCACUUAGUUUGUGUUGUGCUCAGUUCUGGACUUACAGAGUCGACUCACGCUCAACUUCAACAGUGUGGUCUCUCUAAGUUGUGUUUACAGUCUAAGUGACGCUUUUAGUGGGAAACAAAGUGAGACCUCCUGAAGGCAUCUUCACCAACUCCUCUUCACGCCCAUGUCUGAGAAAAGGGACCUUGAAACUUCCUUAUUCUUGUUCUUAAAGUUUUUUUUUCAACUAAAUGAUAACAUUUCACAGUGGGUGUGUCACUUUUUAAACUCCUUAUAAAGACUUAAGAUACUUUAAAAGUCAGGUCGUGUCUGCCUUAAAGGAGCAAUCCUGUAUUUUUUUUUAAAUUAACUUUCAGUUUCUGUCAUGCCUUUGUCUUUUUGAGAUUUUAAAGCUACUAUAAGGAACUUUCAGUUUAGGACUAUUUUAGUGCCCCUGGUGGACAAAUUGAUAUGUAACACCAAAAUCCCAUCCUGCUGUCCUUAGGAAGUCAAAUGUGAUGCUUCUCAAUAGCCUUUUCUGUGGAGUAUAGUGUUGUGUCGUUCAUGAACGAUUUGUUCGAAAGAACUGAAUCUUUUAAGUGAACGUACUGAACCGAAUCACUUCCUCGAGUGAUUUGUUCGUUUCUCACUUCAGUUGAGCUGAAGAGAGAAACAGCAUUGCCAGUCGAGCAGCGGGUGAACAAGGGACCACAUGCACCGACACCUGAAUCACUUAGUGAACGAAUCACGCAUUGAACUACACUCUCUGGAAUAAUUUUUGUCCAACAAAACUUACCCUCUUUUUUUACUGCUAAAUUGCCACCACCACAACUUGCAUACAGUAGGACACAGCAUGUAACAAGUAGUGCAUUAAACCUGCAGCAUCCUAUCUUUGCAGCGGUUUGCAAGGGAAUGGUGCAUGUUCAUGAUUGUUCAUGCUACAUGAUUCAGUGAUUUAGUGAACAAAUCUUUUGAACGAAUCUUUUUAGUGAACUGAUUUUAGUGAUUCAGUACACCUAAAAGAACUGCCGUGCCCAUGACUAGUGGAGGAUGCUGAUAAAUGCUGUAUACUAGAGUGACCAUAUGUCCUCUUUUACCCGGACAUGUCCUCUUUUUUGGAGGCUGUCCAGGCUUGUCCGGCUUUGUCCUGGGAACUUUAUGAAAUCCUUCAAAUGUCUGCGGUUUUGUAUGAGAGUUUCGAUUUUGUGUCACACAGACUUACUGAGUGAGAAGCGCAUGUAAGACACUUGGUCCCACCCAAAAAACUCCCAAAAUUAACUUUGUGUGACUGUCGUUUCCUCUUUUUGGGAAGUCAGAAUAUGGUCACCCUAUUGUAUAUGACUUAAGUCAAAACUUUUACCCCCAUCAGUGGUAUCAGAUUAAAAAAAAAAACUAUAAUAAAAUAGUAAAUCUACUUUUUGUUAGUCUUGUGUGCCUUUUUAGGUAAAAAAAAAAAAAAAUCAAAAGCAUUAAUUCUAGUCUGUUUCUCAACCGUUAAAUAAGUCCUCACAGGAGCUUUAAGUUAGAAUAUCCUCCUUAUUUUGGGAAAUUCCAAGAGCUUAAGUCUAACAGAAAACAGGGAGAUUUAUCUUUUUGUCAAAUGUUUAAAGUAAUUUCAAAGUGUCUAUUUUAAAUUGAAAGAAUGAUGCCAGAGGUCUAAUAUCGUCUCAUCACAUCCCCUCAUGAAUACACCAAACUUUUCCUUUAAAUGUGCGACCGUGGGAACUUUUAAAAAGCUGCUCCAGCUCUACUUCAAACCUCUUCAAUCAGGUUCUCUUUGGCGAUAAUCAAUCAGUGAGCCAGUGUGUGCUUUGCAAAAGUCUAGUUUACAUGCCCUAGUUAAACUCCGAUAUCUCUGCCACCUGCAGCCUGGAUGAGAGAGUCCAGCUCAGGGACAUAGCAGGGGAGUUAAGUCACUGUGUCUGCGUCUGAUGUAGUUAUUGUAUAUAAUAAAACACUUAAAGGCAGAGGCAUAGAGGGGGAUUUUUUAAACACCAGCCAGAUAUCAGCUUAACAACAAUGCCCACCAGCGUCAAAUAUUUUCCAAUUUUUUGUUUCACUCUCCUCUUUUUUUUCCCUCCACUGUGAGCUGGGAACAGAUGGUGGGUGUGGGGGGAGGGUCUGAUGGAGCUGACAUCAGUUCCUCCGCUUAGUCCCACUCCACUGUGUUUUUCUAUCAACUGUGGAAUUUGAACCAUUCUUCCUUUGGGGUGAGGCCCGUCCCUCCGUCUGAGUAGGUUGAAAUCCAGAGUUGGCUGCGAGUGUCUCUGCGCUCAUGUGUUUGUGUCUGUGUGGGUAACUGGGGCUUUCCAGUAGAGUUGCACACCAAACAUUCCUGGCUGCUGGAUGGCUGUCUAGUGGGCCAAGUCCACACAGCUGGGAGUCAUAUAAGAAGCUGUGUCUUUGUGUGGGUCGACACACAGAAACACACACGUACACGAAACAGUCUGCUUGAAGACCACACCCUCUUUAACUGGAUCCAGACUCAUUGUUCGUGUGUGCAUGCAUACAGUAUAGAUGCAUGGAUGAGGAGUUGUGAUUAUUAAAGUGAGACCUUCGUAGACUAGAAUGCAUGCACACACACACAUUCCUGCACGCCAGCACAGGCGUUCACACAUAGAACAGACAAAUACGAACAGAGACUCACAGUCACCGUACAACAGUGUCUUCUUCUCUUACCAGCACCACAUGAUGUUUGUCCUCUCAAGAACGUUUCGGAAAAAGAGACAGAAGGGUGGGGUGGUGGUGGUGGUGGUGGUGGUAGGGGGGGUUGAGAGAAGUGAGUAAUUGUGCCGGUGAUGGCAUCUGUACUGUUUAUUUCUCUCUCUGGUUAUUUUCCAAGAAUGCAGAGAAGACGUCAAGGGGGGAAAGUUCAAGAGAAGAUGAGAGAGAGGAGAAAGAGGUGGUGUGACAGUGAAAAUUAAGAAGGAGAGAGCGGAGUAGAAAGGAGCGCAGAUCCUGAGGAAGAGGGACGCGAAGGGGUUGUUGGCUGAGGGCAAAUUAGAGCAGAGCAGGCUGAAGUAGCCAGAGAGAGAGAGAGAGAGAGAGAGAGAGAGAGAGAGAGAGAGAGAGAGAGAGAGAGAGAGAGAGAGAGAGAGAGAGGAGAGAGAGAGAGAGAGAGAGAAAGAGAGAGAGAGAGAGAGAGAGAGAGAGAGAGAGAGAGGAGAGAGAGAGAGAGAGAGAGGAGAGAGAGAGAGAGAGAGAGAGAGGAGAGGCGCUAGAUUGCAUUUGACUGUAAACACGAUAAAUCAGAGGGCCAAAACACAUCACUUGAACCCUCGUUCACCUCACAUUUUUCCUCUGUUUCUCUUUUAAGUUUGAAAUGAAAAAAAUAAAACGGCAGAGAUUACAAAGAAGAAAUGUAAAUAUUCACGGUUGACCGUUCACAGUCCCACCUACUCAAGACAAAAAAAGGUUUCCUUUUGCACAACCCAGAGCUUAAACCACAAGUAAAAUCUUAUAAACAUCUGUUUUAACUUCCUCUCAUGUGGUAAUUGUGCAUCACUGACCCACAUACACUCUCUGUUUUAGAUUUAAGUGAGUGUACAUAACUUUGCAGACCUUUUUUAGCUGGACUGAAUUAAAGAAAGCGAACGCAUUUCAUCUUUUGUCUGAGUUAGUAAACACUUAAACAGUUCUAUAUUAACAGCUACAGAAGGGUGUGCAGUAUAUCAUCAAAGAUAAUAUCCUGAUUAUCAUUUAAAGAAUGCGUCAAGUAUGCCAUUUAUAUUGUGAAAACUAAUAAAGACAAGCUUCGAGAGUCCACAUUUACUGAAUAUUAGGGCUGGGCGAUAAACCAAAGAUUUACCGAAACCGAAAUUUACGACAUUAACUGAUGUCAGUUUGCCCAUGUCAAUAUAUUCGGUGUCAAAUAAAUAAAUAAAUAAAAGUUGGUUUUGGAUGUGUGUAGGUAGGCUAUGGUCUCAUGUCCCUUUAAGACUCCGUGACUCCACCCCAUCCAGUCCAUAACAAAGAGGGAAAGACAGGUGAGGAGGUGGAGGACGGUUCAAAAGUUAGAGCGGCUGGAGCGUCCAUUUAUCGUUAUCGAGGAAAUGUAUCGUGAUAUUGAUUUAAGGCCAUAUCGCCCAGCUCUACCGAGUAUGGUUUAACAGUCAAUCAAUCUUCAUUUGUAUAAUUCCUAUUUACAUCCAAUGUUAUCUCACAGCCCUUUACAAAAGAGCCUGUCCAGACCACACUCUUCUUUAUACCUACAACAUCAACAUCAAGCUAGGAUUAGAUUAAGUCUUAUUUUGUAAGAUCAGACCCACUCUUAUCCCAUCUUAAUCCACCAUGAGGGAAGGACUUUGCAGGAUCCAGCAAAAACUUCCUUUUACAGGCAGACACCUUGAAUAGAACCAGACAUACAGUAUGUCAUGCAGACAGUCAUCAGACUAGUGUGCAAGCACAUUGAGAACUCAUGAAGUGUUCACACAUCACUACAAGCCAGCAUAGCUGCCUGAGGGGUUGAACCUAAACAGGGGUAUGUGCGCACUCUAGAAUCAACCUCAUUUGACUGCAUACCUGUGUCAUCCUCACUCGCACGGAGGUGGUUUAAGGUCAAAAAAAGGUGUGUGUUGCUCAAAAGAUCCCAACCUGUAGGCUAUUGCAAAGCUGAGACAACUUGUGCCUCACACAAUCUAAGUGUGUGCAAAGCUUUGGGAGUUAGCAACCGAACCAUAACCACACUUUUUGGCUGAGUCAUUUGGGUUAUUUCGGUAAUUUUGUGGCGCAUCUACUAAAAUGACUCAGUUUUGGGUUCAUUAAUGAGAUCUAUUUUUAUCGGUUGUUCUUACUGAUACACAAAAAAAUAGUGCUUUUUUGGAAGGACUAUUACACACCCCUAAACACCUGCAUUUUUUUUAAGCACUCCAAAUAAGGUACACAUUUUUAUCACAUGACCGUCUGAGUGUGGUGAAACACACCUUUCCGAGGCCAGACAGCUCAUGUGUGAGGGAAUGAGCAGCGUGUGUGUUUGUGUACAUGUGUUGACAGACAUGGAUAAGAAGGUGUUAUGCCGCUGGGGAGGACAGCACAGGCCAGCACAGAGCAGGGCCGGAGCGGGAGGGCGAGAGGAGAUAAGACAGUCAGCUCAGUUUUUGAGGAGGCUGUUUUUGUCUGGUGGUGGUAACUCAGAGAGCUUUGAGCUGGUCCGUAGCCAGAGUCUGACAGGCCGUUGGGUCCAAAGACACAGGAUGGCUGAACUGAUAGGGAGGUGUGUUACACAAUCUAGCUGCUGACAGAAUGUGGGGAAAGAGUUCUGGGUCAAAGGUUUUUGGAUCCUGUUGUCGAUGUUUGCAGACUGGUUUUGACAGACAGAAUCACAACAGUUUGCAUCUGCACGUCUCGAAAUUGUUCCUAAAUCCUCAAAAAUGGGACUCUAAAUGGUUGUUUCCGAUAUUUAACCCUGCGUCCCUCAGGUUUGGUGUCACCGUCUGUCUCUUUGACACCGUCACCACUCCUGGUCACAUACUCCACAUUGUAAGACUUCAGAAUGAAAGAUUACUACAGACACGAGAUAGGAAGGGUCGGGGUUAGGUUCAGCAUUCCAGUUGAACUGGAGAGAGAUAUUUUCUUAAAGCAGUGGCUGGUGCUGAUAACAAAAAUUAGGGCAGUGAGGGGCUCAGACAUUUUGGACUGGAAACUCUCACUCAGCAUAAGAGUGUGCAAAAGUUAAUGCUUUUUCACUCACGUGCAAAACAUUUGAGAUACUUGUGUUGUUAUAGCCAUGUUGUUUGUUUAAUUUUAGCAAAUCUUUCCUUCCCUUCCUUUUCUGAGUCCGUGUGUGUGCGUCUGCAUGUGUGUUCAGAGAAAGACAGCAUGUUAUGCCACAGACACCAAGAGGCACAGCUUGGUUGCUUGGCUGAAGCUCCUCUCUAUUUAUGUUCCUGAAUGUGUGCGUGUGCUUUCCUGUUUCAUGGUGGUACGGAUGUAUCACUGCAACAAAUAUAUCUCCCUGUGUAUCUACGUGUGAUUAUGUAGGCAUAUUUUUACAUGUGUGCGACUCUGUAUGUAAUUUGAUGCCUGAGUAUCUUUUUCUUUUGCAUCUGCUCCUCUCAUAUGUGGCAGAUAGCUGAUCCCCUUGGGUGAAUUGGCUCCAAAGUCAUAUGACUGAGGGUAUGCCAACUAGGUAUCUGAGCGCACGUGUCCUGCAAUUAAAGGAUGCGUUUCGUAUCAUAAGUUCUUUGAGGGGUUUAUAAAGAUAGAUGUGUGUUUUUUUGUGGUUCCAGCAUAGUUUUCUGGGUGUAGCAGGACUGGACAGGCUGACCCAUGCACUAAUCCUUUCCCAUGUCUGUAUCGGAGCAAACAGCCCCAUAUGUCUUGGUGAUAUAGUGAUGUCAGGGAUCUCUCGUUUUCAGCGCCCGAAAGUCUUCACUGUCUCCUGUUUUUUAUACUGAUGUGUUUUAAGUUUGUCCACCUGCUUUCUGUAAUAACUCACAUCCCAUCGCACUACUCAGCAGCUACGGCUUCAUUAAACCAAGAUUGGAAAAGAAAACAAUUAGUAUCGCCAGCAACAUCAGGGACUGGAUUUGCUUGGGUGACACAGAGUGAGGCAGAGAUGGUGCCAUUGUUUGCUUAACUGCAUGUAUUUACUGUAGUGGCCCUCAUGUAAUUUUAACACUGAAUGUAAGUGUUAAUGGGCCAAAUAUAGAUGUAAAUCCCCUCAUAAUCUGUCAUCAUAGACCUCUCCCUGUUGUCUCUUUUCUGCCUUGAAGGCAUCGCCCAAAUCUUCCCUCACACCCAAAUUCAUUGGCAAACAAAACCACAGAUUCAGACACAGUGACUCAUAAAGGGAAACACAUGACUCCCUGCACACCUUUAAAUUGCCAUAAACACACUGACACGUAGGCAUGCUCCCUGCCUGUGUCUCUCUGUCUCCUCACUAGUUAGAGCUGCAGACUUCAACCUAAUCCGUAGUGAGAGAAACGCCCAAGGGUGCCAUUCCUGCUAAUCAGGGUCAAACCAGUUUCAGUGGUGGCCGAGGCACUCAAAAAACCCAGAGGAUUUAAAUCUGUAAUUGUGCCAGUGUGUGAUCUUGUGUGAGCGUACACACCCACAGGUUUAGGUGUUUCCCUUCAGGUUUAUUUUUAACCGCACACACAUUUUUGUCUUUGCGCAUGUAAUCACCUACAUGCCAUUUGAUUGAGAUUUUUGCAGUUUCAGGAGGCUGAUGCAACCAGACUGACACUUCCACACUGACUCUGACUCUCUCACAAACACGCACACAUACCAGAACGGAUGAAUCAGAUUUGCUAACUGAUGGUAGUGAGCUGCAGAUGAGAGCUCUGUCAUCAUCUCAGUGUUUGUCUGUCUGCAGCAGACUCUGCGGUUUGCCUUCCAAUUAAAUCUGAAAUUGACUCGCCAUAAAUGAUGUGGUUUGGUUUGCAGAUUUCAGCUUGGAUCUUAUUUUAGUCAACACGUACUUUUGAAACCAUUCGCUCAAUUAAACCUAACCAAAGAAGCUUUUAAAAGCUUUUUGGGCUUUAAAUAUCACCUGCAUUUGAAGGGUGAUUGCACUCAUUAUAAAUAGGGAUACAAGUCUCUGCAACAAAAACAACAAACCCGAGUUUCCAUCUUAGAGAGUUGUUACCGAAUGAGGAAUCAGAGAGACAGUUUUUUGUGUUUAUCCAACUGCAAAUAGAUCACGUAAUAAAUUAACAAGUUUAUCUGUAAGUUGGUAUUUUGUCUUAACUUGUCUGUGUCUUUAGUGUCAGCCAGCAUGAUAAGCAGGCACUCGAGAGAAUCUGCUCACCUUUUGGAGAUUCGUAUCUGCAAAAUCACCAAGUCAGUAUUCAUGAUCCCUUACAUAAUACAGUCCUCAAUGUCCUAAAUGCCACAUGGAAGCAAGGCUUCAAUUUCCUCAUAAGCCAUAUCUCCUGAAGGAUAACUGAAGUGAAAAUAUCACACUUGUACUCUGUGCGCUCUCCCAGGGAAUUGGUCACAAAUCGGCUAAACUGCAUGAUCUGCAAAUCGUUCAAACGUGCGGAUGUAAACAAUAUGUUUCAUGGGUGACACUCAGAAACUUGGUUAGACAUAAAGUUACAUCUUGAACAUCUUUAAGAUUUUUACUAAAUCAGCUUGGAUCAUCUGAGGACACGGUGCUGCUAAAUUGUCCCACUUUGGAAUAAUUUCCCUUUUUGUUUGUCUCUCUCUUCCUUUCACAGGAACACAUCACUCUUAUUUUAUCAUUAAUAUUUAAUCAGGUUCAUCAAUAUGGUUCCUAUUUUACAUCAUGUGCUACUUAAUACUGAUGCAUUUCCCUACUGAGGUCAUACAAUGCAGAAAUAUUGACUUUGCAAGUGUUGUUUUGCUCCAUUACGGCUGUGAGAGUUCACUGUUAAAGCGCCUUUUACUCCCCCCUUAAUGUGGACAUCAAUCACACAGCAGGAACACACUGUACAGUUAUAGGCAUUAAUGAAUUGUACAGGGGACUCUAGGAGCUUUGUGAUGUAUAUGUUCUGUUUUCUGUUCCAGUGUUUUUCAUCUGGACAUUUCUCUGGUCUUGGUUCACAAGUGGUUGGGAUUAGCUGGGAUCAAGAGUAAUGCAGCAUCCAAAAGAGCUUCCACCCUGUUUCCCCUUACCCUUAUUUAAACGAUUAAAGCCUUUGUGGCUCUGCUUCGGCUUGGCCAGAGGAUGACAUGCGGUCACGGUGUGCGGUGACUUUUGUACGUCUGUUGUAUCAUCAGGCCGUACGGAAAUAACCGGACACCAGUAUAGAUUUUUCCAUUUCACUAUUUCAGGAUGCCUAUACUUUGCAUAUCAGCUGUGCAAGUGUGCAUGUUUGGUUAUAUCUGACAUUCCCGCAAAUGGAGACCAAUUUUGACCUCUCCUUUAUUCAAGCAGCAGGAAGAGUAUACAGUAAUUCUAGUGCCCGGUUGAAACAUAUCUUUGUAUGUGGAGUUUCUUUUUCCAGGCUUGCUGAAGGAUCACUUUGCUCCUCUACUGGCUAGGAAAAUAGUUUGACCUCUUAGGGUAAUAGAAGCCGCUGCACGCCUCUGAGGAUAAAAUCAAAACUGCAUCACUAUCGAGAUGAAUGCCUUGGUCAUUUUUCUUCAUCUGUGAGCAAACACAACAGGUUUUGUUUUUGUUUGUGCCUGUACAGCACAAUAUGAGGAACUCUAACAAACAGAGCAGCACAAAUGGAUAAACAGCAUGCUGGCUAUUUGAAGUAAACACAACAAAGAACCUUCCUGUUUUGCUUCGACUCUCUGUUAUGUGGUUUAUUUGUCUGUCGGUGUCUCAGCCUGUGUGUGAGUUUUGCUUUUACACUCAUGUUUUUUCCCUUCCUCUUUGUUUCCUCCUCUCUAUUUCUGUAGCUGUGAACAAGACUGUGUUUAAAUAGAGACAGACUGGCAUUCGGUAUAUUUUUAUUUAUAGUCAUGAUGAGCAACAAAACCUUAUUUAUUAAUUGUUCACUUUCCAUAUUAGCCACUUCCAGGGCACCUACUUGCAAAAUAAGUGUUAUAGUCUGUAAAGAAAAAUGUUGCUGUUUUAUUCUGUAUGCACCCGCCAAAAUAAAGCUCAUCCCUAUGAAAAUUAGGUAGGUUUAACCCUGAAUUUCCAACGCAUUUGGAACGGCUUCAAUCCGGAUAUUUUCAGUCCUACCAGAUCCGUUUGUGAGGCGAAUUUCGCGAUGGAUUACAGACAGCGGUAAUCGCGAGAACUCAGGAACCUGCAGCUUCACGUGCGAUUGCGCGAUAACAACUUGUCUCUAUAUAGACAGCCACAUAGGCUAACCAUUUAAGCAGCAGAUUGUGUCCUUCCAGAGGAGGAAAUCUACUUCUCGUCUUCUCAAAUCAGCAUCCCCUCAUCCAUGGUGUCAUCGGGAUGAAAUGCUAUGGUCUAAAAACCUUUCACUUGUUCAUCCCCACCCGUUUGCAUGGUAUGAAAUAUGAUCCGCCUAAAACACAGAGUGUUUUAUUUUGAAAAGAAGCCGGAUGUUUUAUUUUGUGUCUGUGCCCGACUUCCUUUACAGCACGGGUUAAUCUGUGCUAAAUUUAUCCGGCACGCCUCAGCAUCCAGAAAAAAUAGAACUCUUGCGAUCAGCUGCAGAGUCCAGCGAUCAGCAGUGGAACGGAAAUAAGCCAGUGGAAAUUGGCACAUUAACUUGAAUGGUUAGGAUCAGCUGUGAUCGGUGGAUACGGCCUUUUCGGGGUAAGAAGGCUGCAUUUUAAAGGCUUAAAGUGCUAUUCCCUGUUGGGGGCAUGAUCCAUUGACUGUAUAAUGGACCGCCAACUGCCUCUGUAAACAAUAAGCCAAAACACUGCUUCAGUGGGUACAGACAUAUUGAGUUAAUAAUGAAUUAUUGAGCCAAGACACCCCCAGAAGUGAUUCACAAGCUAGACUGCAGACAACCUGUAGGUGGAGCUUCAGAUUUUUUGGCUUUACUUUCUGGGAGCACUCGGGUCGUCCAUUGAAUAAUGGAUUCUGUAUGUCUGCUUGGGUCCAUGUUACCCGUCAUGGGAGGGCUCCCAGAGAGGCUUUAAUUCAAGCGUCUACAUGCCAAGAAGGUGAACAACCUCUGGUAUAUAACACUUUCCAGAGAGUGCUGGGGAGAUGCACUGACUGACUGACUGUGUGCAGUGUGUUUCUCUGCAGGGCUGCAGCUCGGCCUCUCUGUGCCAGACUGAAGUCCAGCGGUGUUUGUCUUGGCUUCACUCUCUGUUUGAUCAGGCUGUUUCUGGAAUACUGACUGACCUGUUCUGAGGCCAAAAUGCAUCCCUCUCUCUUCACAAUAUUUUAUCUGUUCCCAUACCCUAUUUAAGAUGAACAUAAAGUCAAUCAGAACUCAAGUACCUUCUCAUUUUAUAGAUUUUAGAUCAAUUACUAAUCCUGUAAUAUUUCUGUCUCUGUAUGUAUUUGAUGCCUCACAUGCGCCUCUGUUCUCCAGUCCCUCUCGCUCACUUUCUCCUGUUUGUUGUCUGAUCUCAGCCUCAGUCUCAAACUCUGAUGCAUCUUUAGCAGAGUGUGAGAGCACCUCAGAACAGGUAACAUUGAGGUGUGACCUCCACGUGAUAGAUUGCAGGUAUUGCUGGAGCGACUGUCAGGUUGGGAAAAAAAGGCCAGUAAGUUUUUGAUCAUGAGUUUUACUUUUUUUCACACUAUAAAUUAGAAUUACUGGAUUUUUUAAAGAUUAUUGAAAGGAAAAUAGCGCCAUAAAAAAUGGGAGCUUAUCAGGAAUGAUCCAUUGGAUUACAUUUUUACAUUAACCGCAUUCACAUGAAGAUUUUGAUGGAUGAAAUUCGAUCAUGCUACAUUUAUAUUUUAUGGAUUGGUGUCCAGAUUUCAUCUCUUUAUAGAAAUAUUUCAGUGUAGAGUCCCUUCAAUAUCAGGAGUACAGUCUUUGCAGUGUUUAUUUGCAUUUUUACAUGAAUUGAGUCAUGCAGUGGUUUAGUUUUGUGUUUUUAACCAUCAUACCUUUGUCAAAUCUAAUGUAAAAAGAAAGCACAUGAACUGAAAGUGAAUCUUCAUACCCUGCUGAGUAUGUAUUUUUUAAAAUACCCGGUUUAAGAACCUUUGAAUGUACUCUGUGAUAACCUCCUCCCUGAUCCCUUUUCUAAAGAAAUAUUAAGAAGUUACAGGGGACGAUAUCUGAUGGAUUAAAUCCAUUUUAGACUGGCGUUGAACCAUGUGUAUCAGGGGAGUAGGUGUAAUAAAUCUAAUCAGAUGUGGCAUGGAGAACAUGUUCAGAGGAUUACACUUGUUAAACUUGUCAAAGCCAAAGUCUGGCAGAGUUGUUUGACAUUGUUAUGACCUCAGUGAGUCACAAUCUCACAAUCAUGAACGGAUUCGGCGUCUGUUCUCGUUUUCCUCUGAGUAUUCUUUAGAUCCCGAAAGAGGCCGUGAACGGAGGGAGUCAGUGAUUUUUGGCGUGUAGUCCAUUAUUCAUAUGGGAAACAGACAAAUACAAAAUGAAUAAUGGUUAAAAGAAAAAGACAUUUGUAGACUUUGAUAGCAAAAUGUAAUGUAAAUGUAAAUGUUCUUUAUUCAUACAGCCCUUUACAACAACCCUUUUGGUGAACCAAAGAGCUUUACAAUAAAAUAAAAAUGAAUAAAUAUAAGCAAUGAAAUAAAUAAAAAUAGAAUAAAAUACAAUGCAGUAAAAUAAAGUGUCACUACGCUACUGGGUAUUACAAGCCAGCAUAAGUAAGUAUAUUUUCAAUCGAGAUUUAAAAAGGCACAGGUCGGAUAUAAGUCUCAUUUCGAUGGGGAGCUUAUUCCAGAGCCUGGGACCUAACCCUAACUGAAAAGCUUCGGUCACCCCAGUGCUGUUUUUUUUUACCUUGGCACCUCCAGAAGAAGUUAAUUUGACGACCUCAGAGCUCUACCCCGCUCCCAAAUGGUUAAAAGCUCAGUUCAAUAGAUCGGGGCGAGGCCGUUAAGCACUUUAAAAACAAACAUUAAAAGUUUAAAAUCGAUCCAAAAGGAGACGGGAAGCCAAUGAAGGGAGCUAAGGACAGGAGUGAUGUGCUCAUGUCUGUUAGUGUUAGUUAAAAGACGGGCAGCAGCAUUUUGGACAAGUUUGCUAUAGACUUCUUGAUGUAUUUCUCCCCUGGAUUUGUAUACAGAGCGUAGGUUUCCUUUGAAUGAAGCCUUCAGUUCGACACUCUUAGUCCCCCAUUUGUAUUCCACACCAGACCAUCCACAGGACCACUGUGUUAAAGGUUUAACCCUGUACUAUGACAAUUAAAAAGUGUAUAGAGUAAUAUUUGAGCUAAAGGUUCAAAAAUAAUGUCCACCGAUCAUUUUUUAUCUUGCACUGAACUGCGUUUCGGCUCCUUCUCUAAGCUUUAGCCUCAGCUGUGUUUGUAUUCAACACCUUUUAAAGCUUUAACCUGCUGAUACCAGCUCCCUCACUAAUAUUUAAUCUGUCCUGUCAGGUCACAUCCUUCCUGAUCUUAACUUCCGUUUUUAUAUCUGCCUCUGUGUCCUUUAGCUUCAUUCUCAUAUCCACGCUUGAUGUCGUCUUUAGCUGGGAAAAGUAACCUACUGUAUUUACAUCAAUCUUAGUACUUCCAAUCACACGCUCUCAUUUGUAAAGUCAGACCUAACUGGCUCAGCGCUCACUUUGCAGAGUGAUUAAAGUUUUCACUUUCACUUCGCUGGAACAUCAGACACAAUGCGGAGUACAUGUUUCUCCUUCUGAGUCACUCAGCUGCUGUUGUCUGAACAGGAUCUCUGGUGAUCUCUUUGUGGAUAGCAUGACACCCAUACAUCAAAUGAACAUCAUAAAUACAGGAUUCAAUUAACAGAGAGGAUACGCUUUGAUUGAAAUGUACUAAUUUCCUCGCAAUGUAACUACCACUUUAAGAAUUUGUAGCUGAAGAGAGACUUAAUAAGAUUAGCCUUGCCACUUGACAGCCACAGCUUAAGAGGCACCUCUGCUGACCUGUGUGUCUCCAUCCUGCAGAGUGUGUUUGUUUGUAUGUAACUUCAAGAGUGUAUUUGUGUGUGUUGAUUUAUGCCUGAUUACUUGCCUUAAUGCCUGAUCUGUGUUGGAUAAUGUUUUUGUAACUAUGUAUGGCUCUCACACGGACAUAACACAACAAACAGGACAUGCCCGUGCAGCCCCAGUCUCUUUAAGUAAGAAUGCAAGUAGCUUAUUAUGACAUCUGACAACCCGUGCUCCAGACACUUUGUCUCUUUCACAGGGGAUUUGUGCCAUUGAGGAAUUUAGAGCAUCCUUUACCUCUCUGAAACCCGGUGUCCACCUUUUGUAACCCACAUACUCUUCUGUCAGGAGGUGAGGAUGAAACAUGGUUAAAAUUACAGGUGGGAACUGUCAGCCCAACAACAGAAAGGCCAGUGGGCUCACUUAGGAAUUUCCCACUUGAAUUUUUCCUUCCUUUGGCCUCGUCAAGGUUGCUGGAGUCACCAAAAGGCUGGUGUAACUGACCAUGAGUGUAAUCUAAUGGUGACAGAUGUUCUGCUGGUGGUAGCAUGGUGUACCAGAUGCCACACAGCUCCAUUUUGGCAAUCUGAGGGGGGGACUGUUUUUGGCCAUCAGUGAGGAAUAUGCAGCUCUGUGUUCUUGUUCCUUCCAGAAACCUCUUUUUAGAAAACCAGGCAUCUCACUGUGAAACAUUAAUGUUGGCAUUAAUAUCACUAUCACAGGUCUGUUUAUUCUCAGGCAGACAGCAGGCAGUAAAACCCCUCCAUAUCCAACCUACCCCUCCGUACACCCUCCAUCCUCUCCCGUCUGUUCACUCUUUUCAGCCCUCACCACCACUUUACAUUCCCCACAUAUUCCACCGUAUCAGCCCAUCAACACCAGUACAGACUUGACUUCAUCAUAUAUCACUAUGAUGGUCAGUAAACACAACAUUAGACCCAUAGCCUGACUCUUAUUCUACAGUCUGUGUCGAUAAGAGAUUAUGAGCUGAUGAGAUUUAUGCUCUUAAGUCUCCUCGCCUGUCUGGGGUGAUGGGGACUACGAACGCAGAUGGAUGGCUCAUAAAUCUGAUCCUAUCUCAUUCUGCUUUAUGACCUUUUAACCUAUUAAAUGAGAUUUGCAUAACAUUAGUGAUAUUUGCAAGAACUAUUGAUUACAUAAUACUCUCAGAAUCAUGGUCAUAUAUAUGUAAUCCAUAUAUGUUCGUUAAGUAAAUGAAGUGCUCGCUCCUCAACGAAGACAGAAACUGCUUUGAAGAAUGGAUCAGUUGAAUCAGCACAAAUAAACUAGAAAAUGUUGAUAGGUUGAAUCGUUUUACGACAGUCACACAUUGAUGGGAACCGAUUGGCAACAGUAGACUACAAGAAAGUACCACAGUGAGGAAAAUACGAUAAAUUUUAAAUGUUCGAUACGCCACCUGAAACAAAUUCGUUUGUCAUCAUCUUGCUAACAAAAACCAAAUCAGUCGUCUGAGUUUUUCUUAUUUCUGAUGUAUUCUAGGAGCUAAAGCCCUGUCUUCAUCAUGGACAGAAAGGUUGUCGACUAACAUGUUCUGUCAUAAUGUGUCACACGUGAAUGAGAAGUGCUCUAAAUUAAAGAUGAUGCCGUCAGUGGACACAGGCCCUUACUGUUGGCGUUGACUGAACUUGUGAUCAUUUUAUGUAAAGGGCAAAACAAAAAAAAACCCUCCUGCUGUCUUGACUAGCGAUUAUCUUUUUAACUUUUAAAAACAGGGAUCUGCAUGUAAGCCAACCCGCUGAGCAAUACAUGUCUAUUAGACGUUGAGUUUUUUUUUUUAGACUUUAUUUAAACCAUCAAGAUUCUGUAUAUUUUUAGAUGUCAAAAUUAAGACGUUGCACUUUAACCCAUUAUUCGAUAACUAUUUAUUUCAAAAGCAGCUGUGGGUUGCAUAACUGAUCUCCAAUUACUUAUUAUGAUAGCCAUUGAGCAAUAUACAGUGUUGUAAAGAUAUAGACCAGAUUUCGACUUGGUCUAAAUUUUGACAUCUAAAAAACUUUCAUUAUCUGACCUGUGGGAGCCUUAUUUAAGACCAAUCACCUAGGCUACAUUUAGACGUCUAUUAGACCUCUUUUAGACCAAAAAAUGCUCACUGGGAGCUAACCGUGUGGUUGUUUAAGUCGGCUGCAAAACCAGCUAUAAUCAAGUCAAAUAUGAAGCUGUAUGUUUUAAACCAUUAAAUGACACCAGAGAAGUGUACAAUGCACAGUAUGUGACAUAUGUAUUGUACUUUUCUUGCUGUCACUCAAGCCAUUGCACGUAUAAAAAAGUUUUAGAGUCAGAUCUUGUAGUUUCUUCCUCCAGUGUGGCGUUUGUGUCAAAACUGAUGUGUCAUCAUUAGUGCGUAAUGAGGCAACAACAGCUGGUCACGCACAAACAUUUUUCCAACCAACCGGAGAUGAGAAAAACUCCUGAUAACUAAGCGAGUAAACAAUACCUCAGACCGCUCUCUUGUCCUCGCUCUCUCUCUGUACUCUUUCUCAGGCCCUAUCUACUGCUGAAUGUUUUUCACUUUAAACUCACACUCUGAUAACAUGCACAUUACCCAACGCCAAAUAAGCCGGCUGUUACAAAACACACUUUAGUUCAUGCCAGGGUGCCGGCUCUGGCAACACAUCGUCUCUGCCACUUGGAAAUGUCAGAGAGAAGAGAGAUAGAUAAAAAAAACAGCGAGAGAUUAAGAGUGGGAGGGACAAGAGAUUGACACAGAUGUAUGCUUUUCUGUGCAUUUGUAAGUUUGUCACUGCAGGAAUGCUACUUUCCCACAAGCUCAUUUUACAGCAGUCUUAAUUUCUCCUGUUUUUAUCCAUCUUUGACCUCUGCCCUUUGCAUUUUCUCCCAGAAGAGAUGUUUAAAUUCCUGUCUUGGUCCAGCUUUUCUUGCCCCUCUGCAAAACAAAAUUGUUUUCCAAAAUUCUUUCAGAAAACAAACAAGCUGAUGAUUUCAGACAUGUUGUAUGUAAUGACUGCGGGUGUGUGUGUUGUAUGCAUGUGGGCCUGAAGGUAGAAUUUUGAUACUGCUAUCAGCUCCAUGAGGCUGGAGGACUGUUUAGAAGACCCACUGCAGCUCUGACCUACUUGUGGCAAUGCACGGGGCUGAGUGUGUGUGCAUAUGUGUUUGAGUCUGUGUGUUUAGAGGCACUUGGGAUGGUGUGUGUUUGAGGCAAUCUCUCUGCGGACAAGGGGAGUGUGAGAAGCUGGGUGUUUUGACAGCUUUAGAGCAGUUUCAGUACAGUGCUGGGGCAGGGGGUGUGCAGGCCUGCUGGACACUCAGGGUGAGAGUGGGGUCAGCAGAGGAGUGGACAGGAGGAGGAGGAUAUGAGGGGAAGAGUUUGAUUUCAAAACGCUGCACGGCCAUUAAAAUGAUACUCGAUACGUACGUUUUUUUGAAACUGAAAAAGGAAUAUUACGCAAACAAGAAGAGCAAACAGACAUUUCAAGCACCUCAAGUUUAGGUGGUGAGAGAAAUUAUACACAAGGACGAUGAAAACCAAAACGCAAGUGAAUAAAUCAGAAGUGGAUUUUUAACAGGUUAUUUCUUUUUUUGAUGGAAAAUUUAGUUCUGUUAGAAAAAGUAACCAUUAGUUGUUGAGAAAUUUCUUUUUGUAAAUGAAAAACUUUUUGUGGGAUUAACAGAACAGGUUUUCAGUAUAUUUUGGAUUCUAUAAGUAAUAAAUAACAUUUCCAAAUAGAAAUACCUAACAAAGCUGGUGUUAACAUGUGCGUGUGAUGAGACCCUGGAACUAUUUUAAACUUUUGUGGAUAUCUAAAACGACAGAUUAAUCAAAAUACAGGUGACACCUUUCUUCUCCACUUUUUUUGUUUUGUGCAAAGGGUUGGAAUACAAAUAGUGGAUAUCAAAAUGAGCGAUUUCCAAGUCAGCAUGUUAGAUUUUUAUUUUAAAAAGACAUUUCUUGAUUUCUUGUUUGUAUUUGUAUAAGGCAAGAGCCAAAACCCCAAAUCCAAAGUUACACCAAUACGUCUGGUCAGCUUUUGUAAGCCAACUGGAGAUCCUUACACACUGGGAAUGACGCAAAUAUACGACGCAGAAUUACGAAAAAAGACACGUCCCAGGUGGAAGCGAGAAGACUGACACAACAGCAGACUGACUGUUUUUCAGUUCUGAUUAGACACUAGUGUUGAGAUGGCUGUCUGUCAUGAUAGCAUGUACUGAGUCGGGGCCAGUACCAGAUAAGCACAUUAAACUAUAAUCCAUUAAUGUAAGGUAACAACCGAGACCUAAUGGUGCUGUGACAGCAACGCGAUUGAGUUUGAGACAGUGAAAAUACAUAUGGUAUGUUGUAUCUGAACAGGUUAGCUUACGAGCUAAAGUUACUUAGCACAGAUGAAAGUCAAAACAAAGACGUUUAGCAAACUGUUAAAGCACACAAACCAUCGUCAUAUGAGAAAUCCGACGCUUUGACUCUCCACAAGUUGUCCUUCAGGUCGUUAUCUUUGUAAUAUUUGUGUUUUUUAUCAAAAAGCACUCUGUUCUCCGACACGUAAACAAUCAGUCGGUCAGCCAUGUUGGAUAUACCGGUGAAUCUGACGUCGCAACAACACACAAUCUGAUUGGUCAGAAGUGGACACAGUAUGUGAAACUUUAGAAAAUUCGACUGUGAUACGAAAAAAUAAAUGCCGCAAUAUCGCAGGACGGGAAAACGUCGCUGAUGUGAACGCUUGCAUUGACAGGAUAUGGGUUUGAAAAAAAAAUAUUUACGUCCGAAAUAAUCGCACUAUAAAAACGAUCCUGGUGUAAAAGGACCAUAACAGUAAAGGACAAGUGAAACUGAGAAAAUAGGAAAGGGAAUCCUCAUCCUCUGCUGCAUUUGAUCAACCCACAUCUGAUUAUAACUCGUUGCUAUAGUUACUUGGACAUUGUUUUUCUCAACUUGAUUCAAAUAUUCCAAUUUAAGCUAGACCAGGUCUUUCAGUAACGCCAGAGGAAAAGAUUGGAUGGCGGUGAAUACCACAGCAGACUAAACCAAGUAUUUGUCCAAGCAGCAGGACACUCCUUGUUGCAGUAGUCAUGCCAAAGAGUGAUCUCAGCUCUUUCUCCAAACUUUAAUCUCACCAAAGUGUUAAAGCCAUGGGAGUAGACUUCCCACACAGUUAAUAAAAGAGCGAUAAAGCUCAUAAACAAAGCAGCACAGUCCUUGAUCGUACUACUGUAGCUGAAAAGGCCAGACAUCACCUCAGACUGUGCUGCUUGAGAGUUCUCUCACAAGUACAGCUCUCCUAAAAAGGGGCUGCCUCUCUACUUUCUAAGCCCCCUCUCAGUGCCACUGCUGUUGAAGCCCUGCUUUCUUCUGCCCAUCUUUCAUGCCGGUCCAUUCUGACCAUGCCAGCUGGGUCAGGGGGCACUGUUUUCUCAGGCUUCAAGACCACUCUGGACAAAAAGAUAUAACAGAGAAAUCUCCCUUGGCUGCACAGUGAGUGUCUGUUCAUUUGAUUUUGAUGCUGGAGUGAGGUCGUGAAGAAAAACACUCAUUUUGGUUCUCAGGGAUAUGAAAUGGAGCACAAAUUCAAACUUCUCUAUCAUUAUUCUGCUUUAAGGCAUGGUCUGAUAGACACUGCUGACCUGAACAAGGAUCUGUCACAGAUGUAAUCUCUCCGUGUGCUGGCAGGCAGUGACAGCGCUUACAUAAUCUAACAGAGUUUAUAUCUGACUUUUAUGUUCCAGAGAGCUCAGUACCAUUUUUCACCAGUAGAGGUCUGUCUUUAGUCUUCCACAGCCAUGGCAGAAAGUUGGUUGAUCUCUCAAUCUUGGGUUCAAAUGCGGACAAAUACAACAACAUGUUCAGUUUGCAUCCGUUGACUAAAUGAAACCUAAAACAUGUUCCUGUUUCCGGUCUUUUUAUUGGAUUGCCUGCAUGGUUACAAGAGAGGCAGAUGGACAAAAAAGAUCCACUCUGAGUGACAUGUCCAGGCAAAGUCAUCAGCUGGAAAACAUCCAAUUUAUGAAGCAAUUUAGGUUUUAGGUUUAAACUAUAAAUAGUCCCUCUGGCUGAAUAGUGAGGUAUUUUUGCCUCAUGGCGUGUUGGCAGCUUUUUUUCCCCUCCCUGGUGCAGAUUAACAUUCCAGAAAUGAAUCCCAAAGGACUGAAAUCUUGGAAAAGUUAUGAGGGCAAAAGGUUGCUGAUUUGUUUUUUUUCCCUCAGCAAUUCCUAGUCUGUCUGUUUUCUUAGCGCCUGUAUUGCCUUUUGUAGAAAUACAUAAGUGUUGCUAUGUGGAAGCUAGUUGCUAUGCCUGAAAACCCAGAAUAACCAUAGUGGAAAAAAAAAUCUCUACAUCCAUUUAGUAACAGUAUUACAUCAUUUGUAUGGGUUUUAGCUUCAUGGGUGAUGAUUUUUUGUGAGUUUUAAUAUGAAUUAUGAGUAAAAUCUUUUGAAAUUAGAUUUAUAAUUUUAUAUUUUUUGUCAAUUGGUAAUAACUGUCGAGCUUUUACCAAAUUCUGUGCUUAUUUCUCAGCUCAGAGCUAAAAUAGAGGUGCAGACAGGUGUGUAAAAGCAGCUCAGUGGUGGUAAAUGUGUCUGCUCCUCCAACAAAAGGCAGCAUGUUGGGCGGCAUGUUUCGAGUUAACAGGAUGGAGAUAGCACAGUUUCUGGGCGGGGCCACGACAAGCUCGGCGGAAUCUGAUUGGCUCCUGUGUUCUUAUCGCUGGUGUCCCCUUUAAAUGCUGCUCGUUAUAUCCAAUAUCUGAGCUACUAAGUGUUAAAUAGACUUGUCUGCCAUGUGCUGUUGAGUUUUAUUCAUGAUGAGGGAGUUAAUUCCUUUAUUCCUUAUUUAGUGUAAAUAUUGUCAUAGUAUUUGUAUUCAUAGAAUGUGUGCUGUGUUUCACUGGUGCUGCCUCUGGUUUUUUUAAUUUCCCUCUGGGAUUAAUAAAUUAUCUAUCUAUCUAUCUAUCUAUCUAUCUAUCUAUCUAUCUAUCUAUCUAUUUAAGUGCUUUGACAAAUAGUCGUACAGCAUCAGCACAUAGACAUAAAAACAAAUAAAAAACAAAAGCUUACUUAAAAACAAAGUCUCCGAAUUGUAAGCCAAUUUCAUUUGUCAUAAGAAACCCAGACAGUACAAGAACCCUACAGCGUAAAAUGAGACCAUGAGGAUCACAAUAAAACAUCAAAUUAGAUUAGAUUAGAUUAGAUUCAACUUUAUUGUCAUUGAACCCAGUACAAGUACAGAAACAACAAAAUGCAGUUUAGCAUUUAACCAGAAAUGCAAGGUAGUUAAGUGCAAGGUAUGUACAUAUGGGCAGUACAGGUAUGAACUGAAUAUACUAUAUAUAUGUGUGUGUGUGUGUGUGUGUGUGUGUGUGCAAUGAAUAUGCUAAAAACAUAUACACGGUGUUGGUUACUGCAGGUAUGAAUAGGCUAUACAACAAAAAAUAAUACCUAAGUAAAACACAAGUUUAAAUAAGAUGGAGGUAAAAGAGAUAAAAGAUAAAAUACAAAAGAUAUGAGUCUGAGGAGUUGUUUUUGUGUGUAGGCUUUGACACUUUAAAAUAUCCGAUUCCCUGACUGCACCUGAACGCAGCACAGGAUGUGUUGGCGCCUUGUGUCGUGACGUGCAGCCGUGGAGGCGUGCCUCCGAUGAAAUCAGCUGGGGAAACAACAACACACAAAAGGGGGUGGCUCAGACUAGAACAAUCUUUAUGCCAGAUAUGUGUGGAUUUCACGCUAAAACGCGACAGUGCAGAAUCGAUAGAGAAUCACCUCAGGUGUGCAGCAGCAGCGAGUCGGGACUUGUUGAAGACUGAGACGCUGGAUUAAAGGAGGCGUUGAGGGGAAGUAAGAGGAGGAUGAUGUGACAGGGGCAGAGGUCCUGCGCGACGCCCGCUGUUAUAUGUGCUCUUCAACAAACAACGGGACCACCGCCAAUAUCGAUUUGUUCCGCGCGCGUCUUUGUCCGGUUUGAGAGACCGGCUCGACCACCAGCAGAGUGGCAUGUGGGUCAAUACAGGAACCGUCGGAAGGUAGGGACCCCUCCUGCAGCAAUACUGGGUCACAUGCUCUCAAUGCACAAAGCAAUCCACACACACCACUGCUUGUAAAAUCCUUUUACUCCACAGAUUAUGAAAGCAGCAGCUGUGUUUUAUUCUUACUAUGUGACCAUAUUGCAGGCACUUAAUGGGUUUUAAUCUCCUUUUAUAUUCACACAAUGUCCCUGUAAUACUCACAAAGGCUCUUAUAUUUCAGGAGUGUCUUAUAAUUUUUAGCAGGAGAUGUUGCAAUAGCGGAUUAAUCUUGUUUUUAAUCCUACACGUGCUACAUAGGCUGCUGGUAUUGAAGCAUUUGGGUUUUAGUGAUAGUGGAGUGCUGCGGAUGGGCUUGGCACAUUACGCAAGACAUAUCAGCGCAUCAUUUGGGAUGUAGGCUGAGAGAUCCACCUGCCUUUUAUAACAUCGGUGUGGAAAAAUACACCCUAUCAUCCAACUGAGUGAAGUGGGUGACCUGCGUUUGGAUGACAACACAAUAGAUUGCCCGUUUUUGUUGAAUGCCUCCCCUCCAACCCCCCCUCCACCCAAAAAAAUGAAUGAGCCAGGUGGUUAUGAAUGGCUGCGGGGAGAGGGAGCGAUCACGAGGUGCUUUCAUUGAUGAGUGGAGAAGAGAUGCUCCACCACAUCAUUUAGUGGGUACUGCAUGUGGAUAAAAAAAAACUGUAGACAAUAGAUGACAAUAGAUGCACAAUCUCAGUUUGUAAAAAUGGCACUCACGGAAACAUGCACACAAUUAGAAACACUCAUCCAGUCACACAAUGACACACACACACACACACACACACACACACACACACACUGUAAUGCUGAUACUCUGUCCCUGACGUCAUGAGAGGGAUUUUGUUACGCAGACAGGUAGCAGGAUGGCUGGAGAAGAAGCCUCUCAGAUAAAAAGGAAGGAGAUGCUUCAUGCCAGGUUUUUACCUGACUUUGUCUCUAUGUUCAGUCAUCAGCAGUUAAUCAUGCAGGGUGUAGUUGCACAAGCAAUUUGGCACACUUUGAUAUUGUGCAAUCUUUGUCUUUCUGCCAGUUAAUUUGCAUCCAACAGAGAAGCUAUAAAGCUACGGUGGCCGUGAACUGCCAUUGCUGCAAAUAAAAAAGAAUGCAAAAAAAAAAACACACAAUGGCAGUUAAUGAUACAAAAAAAAGUGGAAAUGCAAAAAAAAAAAAAGGUUACUUACUGCGAAAAUAAAAGGAUGCAAAUAAAAAAAGUCACAACAGAAGUGAGCUGUUGAUCUGGAGGAUGCCGGUGUAGUGUUAGCUUCAGUUCAACUUCAUAUCGACUCAGGCGCAACAUGGCCUAACCAAAUGACACAUCGAAAAGUUUACGAAGCGGAAUUAAACAUUAACCUUUCCACUAACUUCUUUGCUAGUCUUCUCGCCAUCAUCUUCUGUGCCUAGGUUGUAAAACACCGGUGCAUCAUCAUUAUUGGUCCCCGGCAGCUCACUUCCAUUGUGGCUUUUUUUACUUGAAUCCUUUUAUUUUUGCAGUAAGUAACAUUUUUUUGUCCAUCGCCACUUUUUUUCUGCGUUGUAAACUUCCGUUAUGUCUUUUUUAUCUGCACCGUUUUUUUUUAUUUUUUAUUUGCAGCGGGCUUUGGUUUCUUUUUUUUUGCAUCAAUAAGUUCCGUUGUGGCUUCUUUUUUUGCAUUCUUUUUUUAAUUGCAGCAGUGGUGGUUCUCGGCCACCGUAUAAAUCACCUCCCUGUGAGCAUGGCUCAUCAUCUGUGGAAACACCCACUCUCGUUUAUGUGAACUAUAAUUGCGGUCUCGGUUCUGUCAGAAAUAUUUAUUUAUCGUUUUGGAUCUUUUCUCGCCACCGCUGCUAAUGAAUAACUGAUCACUGUUGUCAUUAUGCGUACUGUCAGAUGGAUCUGUAACAGAGCUACUUAUUGUCCUGGGUAGGCAGUGCGCCCGGCGCUUUGGCUGUGUCAACAGCUCUGAGAUAACAUGCAGUGCAGCAGUGACAGACCCACAUGGAAGAGUCAGCCUGCAUCAAAAGGCUUACAUGACUGUCCUGACCCUCUUAUCAGGCUUUAUUGGAAGGUACACAAAUGUAAAUGAGCCUGCAAUUGUGUCUAUGUAUUAUGCAUUAUCUGUGUCAGGGUGGACCGCAGUACUCUUAAGCUCUGUUGGCGGCAUGUGUUACUGGGACUCAGGCUACUUUGGAGUCAUUAAGAUCUGGUUUUAUGGUCCAUUUUUUAAGUUAUUUAACAUUAUGUUUACAUCCCCUAGUACUUUGUUCAAGGAGGUAUGUGGCCGAGGACAUUGUCUCUCAAACAAAUCUAUCAACCUUAACAUCUCCAAAGUUGUUGUUUAAAGCUCCUAUCAGGAACUUUCUGUUUUGGGUCAGUUUUGGCGCCCCCUGUGGACAAAACAGUCUUUGCACGUCUUGUCCCACACAGACUUGAGAAGUGAUUUUUGACAAAUAAAAUCUCAUCCUGCUGAGUGCGCGGAGGAUUAUCUACAAAAACGCAUGUGCAAGAUACAAAUAAAACGCAUGUACAAGAUUCGUACAAAACGCAUGUUCAAGAUACUAAAUCGCACAUGCAAAAUAUUAAAUGCUCGUGUGAUAUAGCAAAAUGCAAAUGCGAGAUACUAAAUCACAUGUGCAAAUUAAAAAAAUAUAAAUAAAAGUUCAUGUCACCUCCUGCGCUCCGUAACAAUCAGUAGUAUCAAUUUUGUAGAUGUUUUAUAUGGAAAUUAUAAAAACAGGGCUGUUUCUUUAGCUGUUCUGCUGAUACCUACCCUCCCACACCAGCUUCAGGCAUAAGAAAUAAUAUAAAAAUCCUAAAUCUUGUCACAUAUGGUUUUGUUUGUUUAUAGAUAUUAUAAAAAGACACCAACGUUAACUCCUAACUUUGGAUGCUGUCGAAAAAAUUUGAGUUGAAUGAUCAGAAGGAUCUUUUCAAUUGUGAGGCUGUUUCUGCAUAGGAGACACGUUUUGACACAGCAUAUUUUAUCUUAACAUCCAUAUUUUACUCUUAAUUUUGCUCUUUUCUUUCUCUUACUUAACAGAGUCAAGGCAAAAGAAAUGAUGGUAAUGGAAAAGGCACCAUAAGCCCAUCGGUUUGAUUCACCACAAAAAGCUAGAAAAGUUCUCGGAGAUAUUAAGAAGGAUAUUAUGUGCUGGAAACAAUACGAUUAAUUAUAGUACAAAGAGAGAGAGGAACAAGUUUAGACACCAAGAGGGAUGGAGGGUAAGAGUCAGUGGAAAAUCUGGACCGUGGAGAGGGAGGAGGAGGAGGAGGUAGAUGGGAGGGGAUGAAGGAAAUGAGGGCAUCAAGAGGAGCCUUCCUGUGUUUACAAAGCAUUACUGCUGCAGGAGAACAGAGGAGGAAGCUCAAAGCAGGAGGACACGCUGCUCCUCCUCAACGCUCUCAUUCAUUAGGCUAGAUGGGCACGUAUCAGCGCCCGCCACUGGCCGUGCCGUCACACCAGCACCAUCUGCAGUGGGCGAGGCGAGUACGUGUUGGCAUGCGUGUGAGUGUGCAUGUCUGAUCUAGUGUCUAUGUGAGUCGGAGGUCUACUGUCAGCCAUCCAGAGAGCCAAGCAGAGGCUACAGACCGGGUUAUGUAACCAGUCUGUGCCAGCUGCGCCUGUGGCAGCCACUGUCUCAAACACCCCCAUGACACACACUCACAGCAAAUACACCUGAGACACUUUCGGUCAUGAGUUCGGACAAAAAUAGAGGUAGAAGAAUGAGGUUGCAUACAUGACUUCACUUAAUUCCUUCCAACAAUUACACAUGGACACUUUGAAGUCAAGCCUCUGUCAGCGUAAACCCCACAGCUCUGUGUGAGUGUCGGCCCGUGUAGACAGCGGACGGUCACUGGGGUCAUAUUUUCACAGGGCUGGAUGUAGGGAGAGAGGAGGAGAUUCAGGCGCUCUCGUCAUAGUGUUUGGGGUGAACUUGAGGAAGAAGAGAAAGGAAAACGAGGCGGAUGGGGGCGAGGGAGGAUUUUUGGGACGAGCGGCUACUGCCAGUGGAUCACUGAAGGUGUUACGCAACAGAGCGAGGGAGACAGAGGGAGAGGAGGGGAGGAAAAGGGGUGUGGGAGGGCUGUCUGCUUAAUACCUCUUUUUGACUCCUAUCCAGAAAAUUGUGAGGUCAUUGAUAGAUGGAUAAAUGGAAAGGUUGGAGGGGGCAUGAUAGUGGAUUGGAGAGGAAAUGGAAACAGGGCGGCGGAGAGAGGUUACUCAAAGACACCGAGCGAAGUGAAGGAUGGAAUAGCUGUUAGCUGGAGCGUUACAUUCGGAGGAUAAAUACAGGAUGGGAGGGAGAGUGAGGGGGUCAGAAGGUGGGGUUGAGUGGGCACAGCUGCGAACAAACCAGACAGACAGAAGGAUAAAUGAAAGGAUUUUCGAAAAGGAAGCAACGGAUGUGUGCAUAGAAAGGCGAGGCAAAUAUUGCCAGGAAGUCUGGAUGGAGAUUGAGCUGUAAUCCAUCUCCUUAUGAAACCCCUUCAAGCCUUAAAGCAAAGCCAUACUGAGACGCAUGCUGUCCAAAUUAUGCAUGAGCUUCUUUGUCUGUCUGGUCCUCCCUGCAUGCACACACACACACACACACACACACACGUACACACACACUGACUAAAUCUGUGACAUUCCAGAGUGAACCAGAAGGUCGCUGUUGGUGUGUGUAGUGGGCGUCUGAGCUCCCGUCACAGUGUCCCUAUCACUGUAGUCCUGUCUACACCCAUCAAUGUGUCACAAUAAAAGCCAGACGUACAUAUAUAGACAUGCAUGAAAACUGGGUCAAACAUAUUUGAUAUGAUACAUCCCAAUAUUUCUGUCUCUUCCUGCAGCCUUGUUUGGAAAGCCGACACUAACCUAGAAAUGAGGUCUAGAUGUCUGUGCACAGUUCACUAUAGGUCAUUUGCUAAAAAUGAAACUUGAGCUCUGCAGCUUGUCUUUCCGCUCCUCUGAGCCGCUCUGCUCUCCCAGUCUCCGGCCUUUGCUCAUCCCUCAGUCAUGCAAGUAAAAGUAAUUGUGGACGCUUGUUUAUAUUUAAACCCCCUGAGCAGGUGCGUGCUUUUGUACCGCUUUCAUACGUGUAAAUAAUUCUGCCGUUUGUAUGUUUACCGAUGCAUGACCGGAUUCUCAUACCGAGCCUCAGAUGGAGGAUGAAAUCUGGAAGCUGGGUCCUCUUGAUCCCCCUGAGAAACUCUCCACACCAUCACCAACAAACAACUCCUCCUCCUGGUGUUACAUCACUGCUCACAUCAUUCGCUGCCUCGCAGACCGGCCCUAAGCUCAUUACCGCGCGCACACUCCCGCAGGCACGCUGACACACACACACGCACCGACUCCCUGACUCCUCUGGGUCAGUAGUUGAAGCUCUUUCGCUGCGCCCACCCUCCUCUGUCUGCGUCUGUGUUUUUCCCCCCAGAGAGCUUCACAUUUGACAGUAGAGGAGGGAAGCGUCAGCAGGGAAAAGCUGUGAUUUGUUCUCCUGAGCAACCUUGGUUAUUGUUGCGUUUUGCCCUUUUGAUCCAUGUGGCAUGUCUGACUGGAUCUAAUGCUGAUCUGACAGUCCAUCUCUUCAAUAAUCCUCUUCCUUCUGCUCUUGCAAUCCCUUUUUUUUCCUACAUUGUUGCAUUAAAACACGGGGAAUGUCUCUCCUUCCCCCUCUUUCACCCUAUGCUGAUUAAAUUUUUCUUACAUUUCCUCUCGCCACGAUCAAGAGCGACGUGCACACUAUGUCACACUUGGCACUUCAUCCCUCUGUCCCUAAUUCAGCUUUAAGAGGACUUCCGCUCUGGAGGCUGCCCUCACCAUUUGACAGAUAGCCGUUAGAUAAGUGCAAGGCAGUGGCAACUUUUUAUUGCUUCUUUUAUCUCCUCUCCUCUACCUGUAGUACGUGUUUCGAAAGGUGUCGCAGGCAGACAGGUGGCAAGGGAGGAGAGGGUAUUUAUAACUCUGAAAAGCACAGUUUUUUAUCUGCUCCAUAUGGACCGUUCAAGAAGAAGAAGAAGAAGUUUCUUUGACAGACAUUUCCCUGCAGCUUCAGAUAGACAAAGGUACGGUCUGCGGCGGGGAUAAUUGGUUCACAGGAGAAGUCGGUGUGUGUGAGCUCUUUAGGGAGAAAGGAAUAAGUUUUAUUUUGCGGCUGUAGUGUCAUGAGCAAGUUGGAGAUGUGUGAAGACUGAGAAAAGAGGUCAUGGCUGAGAGGCAGCGUGCACACAUGGCUCAAGUGUCCGAUGAAUGGGUGCCAUUUUUAGCUGCUGGUGUCUGACGGUGCUGGACUGAAGUGUUGCAUUGGCAUCCACGUCAAUGGCAUAACAAGUGAGGGCCUUUAUGAAUGUUUCAGAUGCUCUAUUUAUGGGGCCUUGGGGUGGGUCUUUGAACUCGUUGCAGGGACGGAUGGACUGAUUAGUUGACUAAGUGUGUGUGUAAAGGAGGGGGGGGCGGGGUUAUGUAAUAGAGCCGAUUCUUCCAAGAAUGUUUUUUUUCUUCUGAAAGUUGGUUUUAACAAGUGCUUUGACAUGUCAGAAAUGUUUGUAAGCAGUUUAUGGAAAGGGGAUUUUAAUAAGCUUUUCACAGCUAUGUGUGCUCUACUGAACUGAGUACCUUCCCACUUUAUCUUGUGUGGAGGUUAAGUGCACAAUUAUAAGUGGUCAAACAUGCUAACACUCAAGUUAAAUCUAUUUCCCUCUGUGGACGCCAUUAGUAAAUUUAUUUGACCCCAAAAAGAAGAUGCACAGCUCCUCCUGGGCUUUCGGUUGACCUAAAAAGUUAAUGCAAAAUACACGAAUCCCUACUAAAGGCUUUUGUAAUUGACAUUUGACCCUCGUUUGCUGCAGAGUUGGAUGUCUUAUCACUGUUGUUUUCUGUGAAGUGAGGAUAUUGUCUCUGAAUCAAAAGGGGAACGAAUAGAAAGAAGACAGACAAGAGGAGAAAAGGUUGUCUUUCUCUUUUUGUCUCCCUGUCUUUCUCUUUCUCUCUGUGCUGGUACAGAAAUAGCUCUGCUGUCCCUCUAUUCCUCAGCCUGCGAACCAUGUGUUCAGUUUGGGAGUUUGGCAGAAGCCUCUGUUCGCUGGUCAGCGCAGCUAUGGGGGCUCAGAGCCUUAACAAAGCUCCCUUAGCCUCCCGACAUUUAGUGGCUACCGCUCUCAAUGUUAGCUGCUUUCCUUGUCAUUCCUCCUGGGAAUCAUAAUCGAUGUGAUUUUUAAUUUUCCAUUAAUAUUAAAUUAACCCGUCUCUCUGUUUUCUCCUUUCUACGAUCCUCCAGGGCCCUCUCCAUGGAUAUAGACACAGACUAUGAGCGGCCCAAUGUGGAAACCAUUAAAUGUGUGGUGGUUGGGGAUAAUGCAGUAGGCAAGACAAGGCUAAUCUGUGCCCGGGCCUGCAACGCCACCCUCACACAGUAUCAGCUGCUUGCCACCCACGUGCCAACCGUCUGGGCCAUCGACCAGUACCGAGUAUGCCAGGAGGUGGGCAAACACACUCACACGUUGGAAAAAGCAACAUAUAGACAAACUUUGGUGCACUUUUUGACACGCUCUUGAGUGGAAUAAUUGUUGCAUAUGUAUCUGAACCACAUCCUCUAUCAGCCCAGGGAAAUACAACCAUAUCUAGAAAAAAAAGACCAUGCAGUGGACAUUGUGCAAUCUUAAUCCCAGUGAUUGCGUAAUACCUCAAUCCCUCUGGAAACUGAAAAAAUCACUCUGAAGUAAAGACCUUUUGACCUGAUCACAAGGAUAUGUGCGUGCUUGUGUGUGUUCCUGUGUGUGUGUAUGUGUGUGUGUGUUGCAGGUGUUAGAGAGAUCUCGUGAUGUUGUGGAUGAGGUCAGCGUGUCCCUGAGGUUAUGGGACACAUUCGGGGAUCAUCACAAAGACAGACGAUUUGCGUAUGGCAGGUGAGCAGAAACCUACAGAAAUAUGAACACACACACACACUUACUGUAUUUAUGUGUCUGAAGCCUACUUAUUGACCCAAUAACACAAUUUCUGGUUCACUACUAUGUCAACCACCAUGCAGUGUGUCCUAUUAUCCUUUUCAGUGCUGCCAAGAGAUGAGGUUAUCUCAGCUGUAGGAUUUAUGAGGCAUUGGCUCAGCUUCUUUACAAACCAAAUUCAUCAUUUAUCCCGGUGAAUAAAACUUACAGCAAAGACUGAAGCUAAUCCAUCGCACCUACGUCAUUAUGUAACAGUUGGCAAACAAAAAAGUAGUUUUUUGGUGUAAUCCUGCUGCCACAGUUUCUAAAGUUGAGCUCUGCCCCCAGCUGUUGCACCCGUUUUCCAGCUGACAUGAUUGGAUCGUCGCUCUAUCCUCUUAUUCUCCAUCCCUCUACUGAAGCUGCUUUAUCGGCAUGAAAUGCACACAAAAUCAGUUCAAUUCAAACGAUAUUAACAGGGAAAGUUGACAAUAUCCAUGAUGAAAUGAGUGCUGCACAAGGCUCAUUAGUUUUUUGUUCUGACACAUGCAUGAAUUUUGUGCUGACAGUUGCUUUUGGUUUCAGAGUUCAUUAAAUUUAGUCUCAGUUAGGUGUAGAGUAAAUUAAAACUGCAGCUGUUUGCUGUCUUUGUCUAUUUAUGUUGCAAUCCUACCACUUUUAUCUGUAUUAGUCAUAACUUUAUUGGUCUUUUACAUAGUCCUAAACCAUAACCAAGACCUCACAGAAACCACCACAUGUCUAUUUUUCCCACUCUGACAUGCUGUGUGAACUUUGUGACACUCAACAGCUUGUGCAUUAUUGGGUUGCUUGUGGUUCAGUUUGUAGAUCACAUUUCCUGCCCUCUGUCUGUUACACUCUCUCUCUCUCUCUCUCUCUCUCUCUCUUUCUGUCUCUCUGAGCGUUGGUACAUUUACACAGUGAUCUGCUUCUGUUUGUUUAUGUGUGUGAUGUGUGUGCGUGUCUGUCCACAUGUCCUGUAUGCUUUGUCAGCCUGCAGUCAGCUGAUAAAGACGCAGUGCCAGCUCAGCUGUUUUCUGCCUGCUUGGCUGCCUGGCGUCUGCAGCUCCAGGCAACAUCCUCCUCCUCUUCAUCUUCCUCCUCUCUUCUCACUUCCCUCUCUUCUAGCUACAUUUGUUCUUCUGGCCCAUCUCCUCCCCUCCAACCUUCCCUCAGACUCUUUUUUUUUUUCACCUCACCUAACACUUCACCUCCUUUUCCCCUCAUUUCCCUGAAUCACCUUGUUACUUAACUCCCGCAGUCUUUACCCUUGAGUCUCACCUGCUCUACCCUCGCGACACCCUUCUUCAUUCUGUUGUUUAUGUCAAAACUCAAAACAUCACAUUGUCAGACAUCAGCCAGACUGUCACAUGCUUCAUUAGGCUCGGGACAUUCGGGGUUGGCAAACAGUGUAAGCCUGAAAAUAGGCCAAACCAAACUUAAUGGAGCCAUCCUCGAUGUUUUUCUGUUUGCUGCAUUCAUACAAAAACAAAAAAGAAGAAGAAGAAGGAGGAAAAAAAACAAACAUGUUGAACCUGAGGCGUUCUUUCCAAAUCUGUUUAAGUAGCAUGUUAUCUACCUUUAUGGCACUGUUGUGACGGACCUAAUGGCAAAUAAGAGGAGUCGUGCCAGGUUGUGUGAUUGCAGUGUCACAAAUAAGUCUACAUGAGAUCCAUCUUCAUUGUAAUAGAAAAUCUGAUUAUUGAGAACAUCUCGGCUGUGUGUGCGCGUGCGUGUGUGUGUGUGUGAGUCCCUGUGCGCAUAUGUGUGUCUCCCCUUACAUAAUCUGGCAACGGAUGACCUUUGUAGUUUGGAUCCAAUACAAACACACACUGGCACACACACACACUGACACAGAGAGAGAGAAAACACUAGACGACCAGCGACUGGUGGAGCUAUCUUUUAUAAAUUAUUGCUUGUGGUUAAUUAUUAGUGAGCAACACCGCAGAAUUGCUCGCCUGAUACUGCAUGACUUUGCAUUAUGUACAGACCCUUUUAAAUGUUGUAAAUAAAACAUAAACAUGAAAACAACAUGUGGAUCAAUUAGACUGACCCUGGAGUUGAACCUGGUAAAAAUGCAGCACUAAUCGAUUCUUGAAAUACCGAUUUUCAUUUUGAAGAUUUUAUCACGACUGCUUGAGAGACACGUGAAGAUCAGACAGAUUAAAAAGCCCACCGAGGAUCUGUGCGCUGUUUUACGUAAUUGCACCCUCUUAGUUUUUGCAAUUAUAGUCUUAUUACAGCAGUUGACUUACAGCAGGUUGAUGAAAAAAAAUUAUCCUUUAACCACGAGCACAAAGGCACGUACACAUGACAUGGCCUGAAACACACUAAGCCGUGGUAAUGAUCUCUUGACAAAGUGCUAAUGGGAGUUCCUGUGAGUGUGUGUGUGAGCGAGAGAGAGAGAGAGUUAUGAUGUAAUGCAUUGACUGUAUUUUAUGUGGGAGGACGCUUUCUGAGAUUGCAGUCAGUUGGUCUAUGAACCUGAUUUUACUCAGCAAAAAAUGAUCAGUUUUAUUUAGUGCAUCGCUCAAUAAGUAAUCUAGCUUUUAGGGUGUUUGUAUUGAGUUUGGAGCAGGUGGAAUUUUUUGAUUCGAGUCCAGUAAAGGCAGACUUGAGGGUUAAAUUUAAGAUGAAACAAGUGUAUAGGACAGUGUCUUUUCUUUUUUUAUAUUGCAGCCUUUGUUGGCUCGGUAAAUAGGCCGCGUUCGCUGCAGCACAGGUAGUUUACCCCAGGGAAAUAAGAGAAGUGGUUAAGUGGUGUGUAAUGCUGCUCUCAAGUUCAGGAUGCGGUCUAACAGCUCGCAUCUUCUGGUGACUUCUGUGUGCCCUUUGCAAAUGUCAAGAAUAUAUUUCAUUAUCUGCGGUGCGGGCUAUCAGCGGAGGUUAAUGUAGCAUGCAAGUAAGAACAACAAGUUUGGCUGCUUUAAAGCAGUCCCGGUCGUUUUCAAAGGCAAAGUGUUAAUGUGUUGUUUUUAAAGAAAUAAGUUAUCGAGAGAUUUGAGAUUCUUGCCUGGUCAGCAAGUUCUGAUACUUAAUGAUCCAUCUCACUGACACACAGCUCCAUUUAUCUUAACUCAGAAAACAGACCUACAUGUACAAACAUGCCGUAGAAAUAUUCACACCGGCGCAGCUGUGAGAGCCGCCGUCUGCUAGCUAAAACACAUCAGUAAAGAAACUACAUUUGUGUGUGUUUUUGUAUAUGUGUAUAUGUGUAUUUGUGUGUGUGUGUGUGUGUGUGUGUGUGUGUGUAUCGUGAUCUAUUCUUAGCCUCCGCGUUGUGGUCCAUGUAGCCUUGGAGGGCUUAGAGAGAUUUACGUAAGAGAACGAGAGAGAUGGGCUACACAGAUCACCAGCCCAGAGGCCGACACACACACACACACACUCACACACAGAAAUACACACACACACACACACACACACACACAGAGCUUGUGACUCUGGCUUUCUCAAUGGCACCGUCCAUGCUCCCAUAAUGCCUUGCAGCAGCUGAACAAGCUUUGUCCAUACACACAUCACACAUGUUUUAACAUAAUCUGACAAGAUGUUCGGUGACUCAGUCCUGUUCCCUUUUCUUUCUCUUUUCUGUCCCCUUCACUCCAUCAAACCGCGCGCGUCGUCUCUGAUGACGUCUCUCUACGUCGUCUUUUUCCUCUUGUCUAUCAUCUCUGUCGUGUAGUUUGAACAUCAAAUGAUGACCUUUUUUCCUCUCUCUCUCUCUCCUCUCUUUAUAGGUCUGAUGUGGUGGUGCUUUGCUUUUCUCUGGCUAAUCCCAAUUCCCUGCGCCAUGUCCGCACCAUGUGGUUCCCAGAGAUCAAGCAUUUCUGUCCCCGAACACCCAUCAUUCUGGUUGGCUGCCAGCUGGAUCUGCGCUACGCCGACCUGGAUGCGGUAAACCGUGCAAGGCGACCCCUAGCCAAGUGAGACACCUUUCCCCUCGGUCAUUUAUAGAGAGAUCGCAAUAAAACAUGUACUGUUUUAGCUAGGAUUGCUCCUGUUCAUCAGUCAUCGGUACAGAAAUGUAACGGUAAUCGCUGUAAAUAGGGCUUUGACAUUUCCUCUUCCUAUCUUUGAUUAAUUUGAUUAAUGUUAAAGAAAACCCUGUCAGGUUUUAAGAGGAACUUUGGGCUCUGAGAGACAGUGAUGUCUUAAACUGAGAGCUUCUUUUAACAGCAUUGACCUAUAAUUUAUUUAAGGGAUGGAACAACAGAGAUUACGGUCAAUAGAUAAAUAGUAUUAGCGUCUUAAGUACAGAGUUUUGGCAAAGUUCCUAAAUUAUCCUCUUUCCUGUCUCUUACUUAGACCCAUCAAACCCACAGACAUCCUCCCCCCAGAGAGAGGCCAUGAGGUCGCAAAGGAGCUUGGGAUUCCCUACUAUGAGACCAGCAUUGUCGCCCAGUUUGGAGUCAAAGAUGUUUUUGACAACGCCAUCCGAGCUGCCCUCAUCUCCCGUCGUCACCUGCAGUUCUGGAAGUCUCACCUGAAGAAGGUCCAGAGGCCCCUCCUCCAGGCGCCUUUCCUUCCUCCUCGCCCGCCACGCCCCAUCGUGGGGAUCCCAGACCCCCCUCCUGCAGAUGGCGAGGGUCCCGACUCCCUUUUCUGCCUGCCUCUGUGCGCAGAUGUUCUUUUCCUCCUGCAGGGUGGCGCCACUCGCGUCUUUGCACACAAAGUCUACCUGGCCACCUCCUGCUCCAAGUUCUACGACCUCUUCACGCUGGAUCUUGGCGGUUCAAGUAAAACCCCGCAAGGAGAGGAACAGGAGAACAAAGAAAACCUGGAUAUCGCGGAAGAAGAUGAGCAGAGCAGGAGAGGAGCCAAGGAGCAGGCCGGGCGCACUAAGAGUCUUGACAUCGAUAAAGACGGGGUGGAUGGAGGAGUGCGAGGCCUGAAUCGACCCCAGCUGCUCCAGCAGGGCUCUUUGAGGACUUCUCAGAGUGAUAAUGCACUCCCAUCUCGAGCUCUGUACUCCCUAGGAGCACUAGGGACUGGGCGAGCUCUUUCAGGGUGGGGGAGGGGCUUCUUGAGUGUUUGUCUGGAGCAUGUUGAUGAUCCCAUGACCGGACGACCCCGACUCAUGACUGUUGUAGCCAUGGAUGCACUUAUACAGGAGGAACCAUUCAAGGUGCGCCUCAGAAUUGUCGUAUUUUCUUCUUAAACACGAGUUUGUUUGUAUUUAAACUGCAUAUUUAACUUCCUCUGUUUUCAGGCGGUGCUUCAGUACCUCUACACUGGCAGUUUGGAUGAGGGCCGAGGAGAUCUAAUGCAGGUGGCGACCAUCGCUGAGCUACUCGAGGUGUUUGACCUGCGGAUGAUGGUGGCAAACGUCCUCAACAGGGAGAGCUUCAUGAACCAGGAGAUCACCAAGGCUUUCCACGUCCGCAGAGCCAACCGCAUCAAGGAGUGUCUCAACAAAGGGACCUUUGCUGGUAAAACACACUGCAAACCACCAGCACCUCGAUGAUUUCCGAGCAUCGGUGUCAUUGUUAAUGUUUUUCAUGUAUAGUAUGCAUCAGUAAGUUUGUUUGGAAGUGUGUGCAUGCUUGUGUGUGUGUGUAUAAGAGAGUGGGAGUGGUAGAGAUGGACAGAAAAGAUGUUGCUAAUCUCCAGCAUUCUCUUUCAGUCUCUGGAAAUGUACCUUGUUUACAUUUCCUCUGGUAUUUUCCAUCGAACGUUUGCUGAAAAAUGUGCAUUUUUACACGUUGUGGUUUAUCUGUCUUCUGUUGAAGUCAUCAAGUCGUUUGAUGACAGUGGUGUCAGUCUGCCUGGUUGUCUUGUGUUCACUCUUGUGUGCUUCCUGUGUCUCGUGUCUGUGUGGUGUUGUCAGUCCACCCCCUCUAACCGUUCUGUGUGCAUGUUAUCAUUUGCAGCCAGUGCCUGACAUCUGUCUCUGAACACAGCCUGUCUCUCAUUCAUAUCUUUCUACACUUUCUCCUUUGUUUCGUGGUCUUAGAAAUGAUAAUUUAAAAUGUCUAUAAGAAAUUCCAUGAAUACAAAAAGCUCUUCAAUUGUAAAACAGAUGUUUACUCUCGCUUAUUCUUUUAGAAUGAAUAAAAGAUAAGCGUAAACCUUACUUUUAAUACAUAUUUUCUGUUUAGGAAGGUAGUAUUGUUUGAUAUCAAUAAUUAUUAUUAUUGAAUUUCCCUUCGGGGAUCAAUAAAGUACUUCUUCUUCUUCUUCUUCUUCUUCUUCUUCUUCUUCUUCUUCUUCUUCUUCUUCUAUUAUUAUUAAAGCUCCUUUGGGGAGUUUUUGAUGUGUAUAAAAUAGACUUAAAUUUCUGCUGAUGUCUUUUAAUAGGGUGACCAUACGUCCUCUUUUAUCCAGAAAUGUCCUCUGGGGGCUGUCCGGCCUUGUUGGGCUUUGUCCAGGGAAGUUUAGAAAAUCCUUUAAUUGUCCGGGGUUUUGUUCGGAAGUUUCGAGUUUAUGUCUUGUGGACUUAGAAGCAUGUAAAAGACACUCGAUCCAACCCCAAAAAACUGUCAAAAUUUACUUCGUGCGACUCUGUGACUCCGCCCCUCGCGUAGUCGUGUCCUCUUUUUGGGAUGUCAGAGUAUGGUCACCCUACUUUUCAUGAUGUCUAAAAACAAACAAGACCAUCAGCAACAACAUAAACAUAUUGUAUAUUCUGAUUAUAUUGCCUAAAACCAGUCGAAAGGGAAUAGGUGUCAACCAUGAAGCUUAAGAAAUAGUCCCGUUUUUACAAUUUCCACCAAAAAAUGAAAAAUCUGAUGAUCAAAAGUCAGCAGGAUGAGGUUUAUUGUCAAAAAUUUGCACUCAAGUUUGUAGAAGAAAAGAUAAACAGACUCCUUUGUCCACAGGGGGGAGCCAAAAUCAACACAAACCCAAAGUCCCCCACAGGAACUUUAAAAAAUAGUAUCUAAAAUUAUUAGGAGAGUAUGUGUAAGGAAAUUAGUAUGAGAACAGGUAGCACUUACAGACUGCAGACUUUUUUUUUAAUCCAAAGCUGGUCGAAAUAGCAGCAGUUACUGUCAGGAGUGUAAGGAAGCGGGAAUUUCACGUGUUAAAUAUAAAGCAGAUACAGAAGUGCAGAAAAAGGCAGUUCCUCUUAUGCCAGCUUGAGCCCAAGACACACCAGAAUUAAUCAUAUUUGGAACAGAAACCAGGUUUGGCCUGAAUAGCUGUUUUCUUUAUUUGUGCACACUGCACAGGGGUGACUGUUUGUAUAAUUUGUAUCAGUCAUAUAUAUGUAAAUAAAUACAGAAGAUACUAAUCUCUCCAUAAUCCCCCUCCUCGCGUCUGCUCUCCUUCCCUUACUCUUUGUCAAAAGCUGUUCUGUCCCCCUGUCAAUUUAUCUCUCUGUCUGUCUAUCUGUGUCUACGUCUCUGUGUGUGUCUCCUGUCUUUCUUUCUUUCUGUGUGUGUGUGUAUGUGUGUGUGGACGUCUACCUUGUCUGUCUUUCCCCCCUCUGUAGCUUGGGCUUCUGUGGCACUCCACGAGAUGAACACUCUUUUCCCACCCCGGUUUUAGAUGUGGUGUUCCGGCUGGACGAUGGCUGCCUCCCGGCCCACAAACCCCUGCUCAUCUCCAGCUGCAGUUGGAUGGCGGCCAUGUUUCGCGGCUCCUUCAUGGAAAGCUACACCGAGGAGGUGAGUGAAGCCGUACUCUGACAGGAAAGCUUAAGAGUGGGGUUACUUUUUGAUGAAUCUUGUUGGUUUACAACGUUUAACUCUUAAACUCAGAGAAAACCUUAUCAAACAGCCGUACUCAGCAUGUGCAGACAAGAGCGGUUACAUCUGAUAAAAGUAACGAGGUCAAGGUUAAGAGGUUACUGGGAUAAGUUACACUCUCAGUCAGUACGCAAAGUGAGCCCAGAGAAAUCGGUCUUUCCAGGUCAGCAUUCCACAUGUGGUGUGUCGGGUUACUUCAGGUGUGCUCUCACCUGAGGUUCAGCUUCUGGUCGCUGAGUGCUCCCUCUGGGACAGGGACCUGACCCAUCUAGACAGGAAGUUCAAGUCUUAAGCUGUCUUAAAAUCGACUCUCCUCGUACUAUGUUGCAGAAACAGAUCCCUUGGGUUUGGUUACUUUCAAGGCCGGCGGGCUUGAGUUACAAAGAUUCAGACCUCUAGAAGGAUUAUGAGAAACUCGUACAAAGAUGAAUAAAAAUGUUGCAUACCCAGUUCGUGAGAUCAGUAAAGUUAUGAAAGCUCUAGUAGACCGUUUUAUUUCUACAUUGAUAUCCUGGAUUUAUUCUGUAUCACUCCAUGUGAGUGGGUGUGGAAAAAAAGCCAUUGAAGCUAUUGUGGACAUCAGCCUUACUGAGAGAAACUGUGGGCUGCCGGUGUCUAUGGUUACUCUGAACGCUUCAUCUCAGGGACUUGUGUGGCAUUAUUUGUGGCAUGAAACUGGCACAGAGUAGAGGGCAGGUGCCCCGUAGACAAAGACUCAAAGAGUGAUCGCACAAUAGAGCAGGGAACAUUUAUUGUUUAUGAGCAGGAGUGAUUUUUUUGUUUUAGUCUGUGAAUGAGAAUAUUUUGUUGAAAAGCUUUGCAGUGAAAAUCGACAUGAAUUAGAUUUUUAUCAGCUGCACCUUUUUGGAUAAGUAAAUAUGUAUACCGCAAAGUGUUAUAAGUGUUCAGUUUACAGUAUAUCUUAUUUACUAAUGAAUUUGUUUUAGUAGCGAUGCCAGAAAUGUUGCUAAAACACCUAUAAGAUGCAGAGCUCUUAAAGCAUCACACACUUGUGCAACCCUGACACAGCAGAUGGUCUAGUUCUGCUCAGUUACACUGGAAAACUAUUUAGAGAUUCUGAUAUACAGGAUUUAUAAAAAACAAAGUGUAGAUAAAGACAAGUUGAGAAAAACAAGAAAUUAUUUCAAUCGAGAUCGACACAGAAAGAUAAAUAAAUCAUUAUAAUAUCAUAUUUUAAAUGUUUUCUGGCUGAAAGGAGCACUAAACAGUAAAUAUACUUUGUAAAAAUUUGUAUUUGAACCUGCAACUUUAUCUAUCGAAGAAGCAUGUGAUCAGCUAAUGCCUCUCUGUUUCACUCUCAUGUCACACUGCCUUCACAUUCCUCUUAGGCUUAUACAGUGUUCACCCUGUUAAACCAUAUUAUGACUGUUCAAGUUUAGUGAGGAAUAACUCUAAUUUAGCAGUUAUCAUUAUUGUUUUUGGUUUUAUAACUGCUCAAAGCUGCUGUGAGGAGUUUUAAGCUGCGAUUGAAAUGAACACCACUAUCUCUUUUUGGCCUUAAAAAACAAACAAGACCAACAACAGAAAGAGUUACCAUUUCUAUACUGCUGUUUUUCAUGUCUAAAGCCUCUGGUGGAGGAAAAGAGUCACACCAAGAGUUCACUCGAAAGCUGCUGAUAGUCUUUUAUCCACAUGUUACAAAGCCAAGACUCUCAUUAAUGUCAUAUUUAAAGAAAGCAGGAUAAGUUUUUUACGUACAUGAACCAGACAAAAUCAGUAAAACAAAACAAACUUUGUCCCCUGUGGACAAUGUUGUACUGUACAUGUGUAGUAGGGCUGUCACUAUAUCAUAUUUUCACUGCAAUAUAUGAUAUAUCACGAUGAAGAUAUUGUGACAUUCACGCUAAAGCUGAAAAUAAACCAUCAGCCAAAUUGAGGAAAUGUAAGACAAGGGUGAAUUAACAUGUUAUUUUAUAAACUUGAUAAGUAGACUACACACAGUUACCUUACAUGUCAUGAUCCAUUUCUAGUUAUAUUUAAAUUUAACCACAUCACCAACUCUAUGACUGAAACUUCCAUAGAGCAGACACUGCCCCAUAAAUGAUUAUCAUGCUUUUAUUUUGAUUUUUUUCUGUCAUGUUUAGAUUGCUUUAUAUCAUGCAUGUUCAAAUUAUGCUUUUUUUUUGAAGUAUACAACUUCCCGUAGACUGUAAGUGAAGAAACUGAAAGAAAACACUUAAAUAUUCAAUACCCACAAUCAUACCCAGUAUCAUACCCACAUGUUGUUUUCAGUUUUGACAAUCUACAUUUUUACAGUGCAUCUUAAAUUUCCACUCCCCUGAUGAAUUUAAUUUCUAUCAAAUCUUAUUCACAACCUUAAAUUGUUUCAGCUGUUUGUAUUUUCCAUCAGAUUUUCCAAACAAAAUUGUUCGACUUUGUUGGUUUUCCAGUUAGAUUAACAAAUAAUUGACCACCAGGACAGCAGUGAGCACUGGCCACUUAACACGCGUCAGUCCAGCCGGUCUAAUCCACGAACGACCGCCCUCUGUGUAUGUGUCCACCUAUUAAUGCUUCCUGGUUCCAGCUGGGGCUUUCAGCACCAGAGACCACCCUCGUGUCCGUGUUGUGACUUUAUAGUCAUAAUGAGAGGUUGCGUCAAGCUGACAUUCUCUUAAUUGGAGGCUGAAGAGCGCCUCAGUGGGGACACUCAAAGCUCCUGGAGGGGUCAGGUCGUCACUCCCGUCAUCAUCUACUCUCCUUCAGUCCUUUCAGAGCUGGAGCUCCACCUCUAGCUAAAUUGCUGUUCGUCUGCCUGACAGCAAUUAGGCUCAUAAAAAGGUCUCGCUCAUUAGUAUGCAUUUAUUUAUUUAACUAUCCAAAAGGGCUCGCUGACAAGGACUGGUGUGCUUUUGGGGUAGUGUGCUGCCAAAUGAUGAUUUGGCGACAUCUAGGGGUCAUCUAGGGGUAUCAAAUGUACAGUACUUGAAGUGUACUCAAGUUUGGCAGUGAUGGUUAAGUUUUCCAAUACAUGUUUGAACUUGGGAAGACAGAGCUUGGGGGGACAGAGCCUUCUCCGCUGCCACCCCUACCCUCUGGAAUUCACUCCCUAAACCCAUCCGAGACUGCACAGACCCCCACACUUUUAAAUCACUCCUAAAAACACCUUUUAAAAUUAGCUUUUAACCCAUGAACUCUUCUUUUAUUGCCUUCUCAUAUUGUGUCUUUUUUAACCUUUUACAUCGUUGGUUUUAUUUCUCAAAAUUUUCUGUAUUUUAAAUUGUGUUUUUUCAUUUUAUUGUCUUCUUUUUCUUUGUAAGGCAUCUUUGAGCACCUGUAAAAGCGCGUUAUAAAUAAGAUUUAUUAUUAUUAUUUAUUAUUAAAAUUUAUUAUUUUGUUUGUGUCAUUUGUGGAAAGAGUUUAGAUCUGCAUACAGCUUUGAUACACUUUAGGCUGGGUCUGUGCUCAGCCUUUAGCAUUAACUUUAGCCAACAUGCUUACAUAACCAGUCCACCUGAGCAGAUAUGAGCAGAGCAUCAAGUGUUUUCCCCAUAACUCUGAACUCUCAUUAAUUUCAUUUUUAUCAUUAACGCCUUUUGGGCUAGCAUUGGAUUACUCUAAAUGUAACAUAGGAGCAACAUGUUAUUUAUUGUGGGUGCAAUCAAACUCUUGGGCUUUCACUGAGCUGUUGAAACUAUUAAAGAAGUAAUGGCUUCAUGGUCAUCUCUUUACGUGGUCUCGUUCAGGUCCCCAUCCCUAACACCAGCACAGCCUGUAUGCGCGGUGUGUUGGAGUUCCUGUACUGCGGUCUGCUGACACCAUCUCCCGGUCUGGAGGCCAUGGAGCUAAUCAUUUUGGCCAACCGCCUCUGUUUGCCACGCCUUGUUGCCCUCACAGGUAAAGACUCUCCAUAUACGGCGACACUCACUUGAAUGUGUUGUCCUGAUUUAUACGGCAGAAUUUGCUCUGUGCACAGACUGUCAUUAAUGAAUGACAGGGGAAUUUAUUGCACUCACAGUGAGUUAUGUUGCUAGACAGACCAAGAAUUUACGGCUGGGAGAUAAAAAAUGAAGGUCCUGUAAAUAUUGAAAUCACUCUGUGUACUUUUUGGCAUCUUCAGAACAGCAUGCUGUGGAUGAGCUGCUCCAGCUGGCAGUGAAAGGAGGUGACAUUGAUGGGCAGGUGUUGGCUUAUCUCGAGGUUGCACAGGUGUGUUUGUAGUCUUCAAACACCUUGGACUGAUCAUAAGUUGUUUUUUUAUGUUGAAUAGCAACUGUGGGCAGAUUCAAUGGAAAAAAUGUAACCUAAGAUUGGCUAGAGCUGGUGGCAUGUCUCAAAUCUCCUGUUUUUUAUUUUGUUUUCACAGUUCCACAAUGCCAAGCAGCUAUCAGCUUGGUGUCUCCAUCACAUCUGCACUAAUUACAACAGCAUCUGCCGCAAAUUUCCCAAAGACAUGAAGGCCAUGUCUCCAGGUAAGAGCUGCCUCUCCUCAGCCAGUGUGUCGUAAAGCUAUAAACAUAUUUACUUGGCAACAGCAAAUAUUAGUUCCAUUUGGAGUCAUUUGAUACAAAGAAAAAAUUAGGAAAAAUGUUAAAAAAUAUUUAAGUGUGAGGGUAAAGUUGGGGUAAUGUUGGGGUAUUGUGGUUAGGGUUAUUGGGUUAGGGUUAAAAUCACUGUCUAGGACCUUUAUAGGAGCAAGUUUUAGACCAUUUGGAGUCAAUUGCUACAAAAAAAAUUAGGAAAAAUGUCCAAAAAAAAUUUAAGUGUUGGGGUUACGUUGGGGGAAUGUUGGGGUAUUAAGGCUAGGGUAAGGGUUAGGAUUAGGGUUAUGGGGUUAGGUUUAAAAUCACCGUUCAGAACCUUUUUAGGAGCACGUUUCAGACCAUCUGAAGUCAAUUGGUACAAAAAUAAUUGGGAAGAAUGUCAAAGAAAAAAUUUAAGUAUAGGGGUUACGUUGAGGUGACGUUGGGGUUAGGGUUAGGGUUAUUGGGUUAGGGUUGAAAUAACUGUCCAGGACCUUUUUAGGAGCAAGUUUUAGACCAUUUGGAGUCAAUUGCUACAAAAAAAAUUAGGAAAAAUGUCAAUUCUUUUUAAGUGUUAGGGUUACGUUGGGGGAAUGUUGGGGUAUUGAGGUUAGGGUAAGUGUUAGGAUUAGGGUUAUGGGGUUAGGAUUAAAAUCACUGUCUAGGAUGUUUUAAGGAGCACAUUUCAGACCAUUUGGUGUCAAAUGGUACAAAAAUAAUUGGGAAAAUGUAAAAAAAAAAAAUUAAGUAUAAGGGUUGUUUUGAGGUGACGUUGGGGUUAUGGGGUUAGGGUUGGGGUUAAAAUCACUGUUCAGGAGCGUUUUAAAACAAGGACAUGAAGGCCAUGUCUCCAGGUAAGAGCUGCCUCUCCUGGGCCAGUGUGUCGUAAAGCUAUAAAUACAUUUAAAUAAAAUACAUUUACACUUGUCAACAGCAAAUAUUAUUUCUCCCUAAGCUGUAGGGAGGAUAUCUUAGCAGCUUAUGGAUCUAUUUUGAUGUAAAAAGAUGAAACAAAAACAGAGAUGUCUUAUAUUCAUCACGGUGUCUGUUCAUGUAAGCGUUUUCCUCCUGUCUGCAGAGAACCAGAGGCACUUUGAGAAGCAGCGGUGGCCGCCCGUCUGGUUCCUGAAGGAGGAAGAUCGCUACUUGCGCUCUCAGAAGGAGCGCGAGCGAGAGGAGGAGAUCUUGCGCAAACAACACACCAAACGGGGCUGGUGUUUCUGGAGACACCCGUCCUCCUCUCCACACGUCUCCUAAAGGGUUUCUUCCACUGACUUCGUCAUCCUGACCUGGGUUGUCCCAUCCAGGAUAACAACCCCCACCCCCCGUAACGCUUCUAGAGGAGGAGGUCGACUUUGAACCGUCAAUCAGAGGAGAAUGACUCUCAGUGCGAUUCUGCCUGAAUGUCAACUUGUUUGGGGGAAUGUAUGUGCCUCUUUAUAACUGUGGGUGACUUCAUGAGUGCAUUUUCUUGUAUGACAAGUGUAGACUUAACUAAAGGGUAUGUGCGUUGGUGUGUGAGCGUAUGUUUGCAGUUUUGAUGAUAGGGUGAUGCUUCCGAGUUGUCUGCUUCCCUGACGCCCUGAUCGGUAAGGGCCUGCAGCAUUGCAGUGCAGCCCCCCUCGUCCCCUCCACCAGAGCUCCAUCCCUCCACCAGCACUCACAGCGUCCCAGCCUUUGAGUGAUUGGACUGGGAGCAAGGGCUCUCUAUCUCUCUCAGUCUCCAUCCUUCACAUUGACCUUAAUGACUAUGACACAUUGAACACCACCGCUCCUCUCAGGGAGCUUACCUCUGCCUUCACUUCUUCGCAGACUGUUAGCUUGCACAUGCAGACCCGUGCAAAAGAUCCGCCCCUCUGAAACCAGCACUGGAAUCCCAGGAAUAGACGAUUACAUGAAUUUACUAUUAAUUUGAUAUAAUUGGAACUUUUUAUAAGCACUUUUUUGAUGAGGUUCGCUAACCCAAGGAAGUGUUGAGGACUUUGAUUGCUGCAACCACAAUGAUGGGACUAUUAUUGUAGAGCACAGUUUUGAGUGGAAGAGCAACCUUACAACCAUGAGCAAGUAAGGACGCUCCAUCGGGAGGCCUAAUAAUAGCUGUUAGCCUCCUAUUAAGUAUUGAUGUGGUAUUUGGUGUCCGUCACACACCCCUGCACCUCCCACUUUCUCGUCAUACAACCUACACGAGCAAACAAAGCAAAACAAAAGCUCUCCUUGACGAGCCGGAUUCACCAAACUGCACUUCAGAGACAUUCAAAGUGACCACUCUGUGACAGGGGCAACGAGGGCUAGCCUUACAUUGAUACCUCUGCCACGGAGGAUUGAUGGGUACAGUAUUAUCUAACGUGCUUGUAAACGUCCAUGACCACUAGGCUGGCUCUGAAGCACCUCAGCCGGCCUGCCUUUACACCCCUAAACCACUAGGGGCAGCACUGCUCAGGGCCCCAGCACUAACCUUCACUCUAACAAAGAGUUUUUAUGUCUAAGAUGUCCUCGCUCUUGUUUCAGUUAUUAAGAACAUCAGUAUAACUUCAAUUCUUGCAAAGUUUAGAGCACAAGCGCAGUGUUUUUAGUGCAUUUUGAAAACUAAACCUGUUGAUUUUUGAUCUGUUUCUGAAAACCAAAGCUGUGAUUCUUUUGAGCUCUUUCUUCCUCACUUGCUCCCUGCUUCCUCUCUGGAAGGAAGAGGAGGAGAAAGUAGGCAGUGGGUGAAGAAAGCAGUAUGACGUGGUGAUUAAAUCCCUCCGUGUGGUGGUGUUUUUCGGUGAAUAGUGUCAGGAGAAAAGUGUCUCAGCUGGACAUUGCCUUCCAUUCCUCUCGCUGGAAUUGAAAAAAAUGGUGCUUACGACGCAGUAAGACAGUGUCCACACGAACACGCAGCAAACACCGCCGCUGAAUUGUCUGUCUUGUUUAGUGUUAAUCUGCAGUGAUGUGCAGAAAUAUAUUGAUGGUAUUGCAGUUUUUGACACAUGAGCAAUUUUAAAAGCAUUAAUUUUUCUUCUUCAUUUGCUAACAGUCUGUAGGAGGUCAUGAGAGGUCACCGCUUUUUCAGAAUGUGUAGAUCUCUCACAAACAGUGGUUACAUCCUUAUAAUGUCUUUUUGCUGCUUUUGUAUUCAGUGUGAUCCGUUUUUGCUUCCUUGUUGAUAUUAAUACUUUAAUUGAAUUUGCAGCCGCGCGUGUUGUCCCAGCUGACAAACAGUGUGAUGAAGUAUACCUGCGGAUGAGAGCAAAUCAGAUUUUUCUUGUCAGGGGUGCUAAUUUCUUUGGGCUUUGGAGCCGAAUGUGACAACAAGACGGCGUGGUGAUGAGUUUCUAUUAGCACUUUGUUCUAUUUGUGGGUUUGCGCCCCUCAGCUUUUACCCAGGGCACUGUAGGACACAGAGAGAUGGUGUGAGACAUGUGGUGUGCUCUGCCUUUGUCCACGAGUGGUGAGCUAAAAUCACUGUCGAAAAAAGAAAAAAAAAACAGAAGAAGUUGGAUCUUAUCUCAUGAGACCCAAGUGAGAAUUGAGCUGAUCUGUCUCUGAAAAAGCGUGAGAGUGAACAAGUCUCGGCUAGCGUAACAUGCAACCUACACAGUUUGGAGCAAAUCCGUCAACAUUUAAACAAAGAGAAGAAAAGUGGGCGAUUGAUUUCUUGGCCUCUUUUUAGUCCCACAUAGAUGGAUUAGCGAUUAGAUUGGUCAUGUCUAUUGUCUGUACGACCUGAUAAGCCUCUUCUUUCAGUCCAAGUGCCUUAUAGUUGGACAUAGUUAAAAAUAGUUUGGGAAUUUAGCCAGACCUAGGUUUAAACAUGCAGACGGGUUCUGCAGUGGUGGAUAACAUUAACAAUGGCCAUGAUGUUAAAAAUUAAAAAAAAAAAAAGAAAAAAAAAAAGGUGUUGCUAGACUCUCAUUCUCCUGUCGUCCUUCUUAGGAGAUUUUUGAGCCUCCCUGAAAAUAAAUUGUAGGCCUCUUGCUUGUUUUUAUGCAGAAACAAGGUCUCGAGUUAAUCUUUCCAUAUAUUGUGUUGCAGUAGGUGGUCUAAUCAUACAGCUUUGGAUAAGCGUCUCUUUUAUAGAUUGUGAAUUAUUUGGAUGUAAAACUCUGAUCGUGGUCCGAUCCGGAGCUAAAACAGGUUGAUUCCUGUGUUGAACUUUUAAAAAAACCACUGACUCUGAUCUAACAAAGCUUUUUAAGGAGCACUGGCUGGCCUGUGUGCUGGGAGGGUGCGACCACUUUUGGAACACGGUUCAUUUACAUGGUGGCCUAUUUUAGUCCUCAUAAUGACACUUGGUGUAAGAAUGCACUUCUUCCUUUCCUUUAUUUUGUCUAUGACUUUACCUUUCUGCGCUUAGCAUGAAUUGUUCCUUAUAUGUGAGAUUGUUUUUAAACUUGAUGAUUGUAGCACGGUCUUUUUCACUUGUCUUGCAUAUUUUCCCCGCCACUUGCUCAGUGAGGGGCUGAAUAACACAGCGUAUCCAGCUUUGUUUUUAAGGUCUAUAAUUAGCACUGAACCCCACAGUAGCUUUUUUUCUCGCUAUGUGGCUUUAUGCACAACUCAGUUUCACAAUAUUAGAUAAGCACAGCAUACAGUAGCAUCACUAAAUGUACCACUUUGAAUAAUAUGCUACCACCUUCUGCAGAUAUUUGCUGCUGCUGUGCACUGUUACAGCUUCCCCUUUUAUGCUGUUACUGUAGUCAAAACAAUCAAACAAGCUUAGUCUUGUGAUUUCAAUAUUUUUUUGGGGGGGACGGCAUAAAAAUGAGAAGCAUAAUAAGCAGAAAUUUCAACUUGAAUCAAGUGUGGUAAUUCACGUAUUUUGAGAAUGUCCUCAAGAACAGAAAGCCAAGUGCAAUGUUUGAUUUUAAUAUGCAUGUAAAGAAAAAGGAAAUGGGCGAAGCAUGAUGCAUGUUUCUUGGGUUACACACAGGCUUCUUUUUAUAUGUAAGGGUGUGGACCUCAUUUGGGGACACUUGGUUUGUAUUUAAGGUCAUGGGAAAUUUCUAAAACUUUAACAUGGAAUAAAUUAAGUAUCUGGAUUUCUUAGGAUUUGGUGAAGCCACAGGUCAGCCAGGAACACAGAGAGGAGAAACAUUUAAACAGCUAGCUUUAUUCAGUUCAUUAUAUUUGCUCUGCACUGACCCCUGCAGACUAAAUAUGUGGAACAAGGAAGUGGUUUCCACUUGAACUGUCUUUCUCUAUCUAAGCACUUCCUUCCCUCUGUUAAACUCUCCUCAUUUAUUCCUGUGAAGCUUUUUCCUUCCUAGCAGGCCUGACCCUCUUUUUUUAACGUGAGAGAACACCUUGUUUUUAGUCGUUGGUGUCUCCUCUCCUGUGCCUUCAGUGAAGUCUCACUCUUCUGCUCCGACGGCACCGCAGCUGCAGUCUUCUGGGCUCAAAACGAAGUUCAUUACGCCAAGAAAUACAUACAAACACACACACACAUAUACACACAUUUGAGCACAGAAGUAAAAGUAGGCAGCUUUUCUUUAAUGUUAGCAUAGUAACUGGCUCGAGGGGUGACUUUGACUACUUCCAAUGAUAACCUAUAUAAAGCUUUAAGUUUAGCAUGAAAUCUCAUCUACGCUAAAGCUGCGCAACAAAAAAAAAAAAAAAUGAAAUGACCAAGAAACCCAGCAAACCAGCAAUUUAACAUGAUUUUUUCGCACUCUGUCAGUGCCUGCACUUUCUAUUAUGUAGCCUAAUACGACUUUUUGAUAAGUGGGAUACGUCUUUAUAGCUGACAGUGUUCUUGAAAGUUAAAAUAACUCAUUACCUUUUGACUUUUUCAUGAUUUGUCUCUGAAAUUCAGUUGUAUGCCUUUUUGCUUCCACUAUUUAGGUGCAAAGUACUCUUAUGCAAUUCUGCAUAAAGUCGAUGUAUUCAAUGUUUUGGGAACAGAAUCUGUGAACUGAAGGCAGAUUUUAGCUGUGACAACUAUAUAUAACAUGAUGCUUUAAUGAUUAUAGUUGUUAUCCAAAGUGCAGUGCAGUGUUGUAAAUUUGAUAUGAGUCCCAGCUCAUAAUAACCUCUCACUUUAUUACAUCUUACCACACUGUAUCCAUAGAUGAAGCUGGUGCAUACAGAGGCUGUGUGCGCAGAGAGGCCCAGUAUGGGGAGAGUAUCUGCUCUACACAGACAUGGUGUUAUUAACCCGUGGUCUAUACUGUCAUUUUAAAGUGGAUCGUAUAAACUGUACAGUAUUGUUAUGCACUUUUGUUUCCAUUGACUCAUCUGAGUUUAGUUAACAUUAUUACCGCUCAUGAUACUAUGUGUAUUACAAUAAAGGCAAAAGAAAAGAGCACACCACACUCACAAACUAUUAAGGGCUUUCAAGACAAAUAUACAACAAUCAGAAUGUUUUGCUGCUGUUGCAAAAAAAAAAAAAAAGUUUUGAAACUAAAAAAUUUGUAAUAUUUUUGAACCACUGUGAUUUGUACAAAACUUAAACAAAAACAAAAGUAGAAAAAUGUGUUUUUUUUCCUUUUUUUUGCCAUUUCAGUAUUUUGAUGUUUGACAUGGAUUUUAUUAAAACUGUUAAUCUUUUGAA